AUGUCAACGUACUGUCGUAUUACUGGCAAGAGCCGAGGUUUACCAAAACCUAACUAUUUUCCAUUGCUUCCACCAAUCUCUCCAGCGGAUGCAAAACGAUUUUGCCGGAUAACCGGAAAGUCAUAUGGAUUACCAGCACAUCAUUAUAUACCAGUAUUAGUUGGACGAAAAAAAACAAAAUCUGAUCAAAAACAUGUAAUGAUUAAUGGAUAUCGGUAUGUAUUUCCAAUAAUAGACGGAUGCUCUGAGUUAUCUGAGGUAUUAAAAGCGAAGUAUACAGACGAUCGGAGAUAUGUGUACGCGGUGGAUAAGCGUAGAUGCAGUCUUGUUUUUCCAACUAGUUUAGAGAAUGCAGUAAGAGAUGGAGAUGUAAAAGAUGUAAUGAUGUCGGAAACUAACGACACUGUACUUCUUACACUACGUAAAGGUAAAACUGUUGAGUUGGAAAUCAAAGAAAUAGAAGUGACUGGAGUGACAUUAAUAGAAGGUGAAGGGUUUCGGAACAGGCCCAAAAAGAAAAAAAUCUUUAAAGAAGAUUGGAGAAGAAAAAUAUUCGAAGAUAAAGAAAAGGAAAGUGAUGCGGAAUUAGAACAGGAAGAACUUAUAUCAAAACGUAUAACAUUUUCAGCCGGUCAAGGAAAAAAAAUCGAAUCUAAUGAAUCUAUUCCAACUAUUAUGAAUGUAAAAUCGUUGAGCAUUUCAAACAUAAAAAAUAUAGUUAAACCAAUUGCACAAAAUAUAAUACUCGGGGAUUCUGAAAAUUUAAAACUUGAAGAUAAUGUAUUACCCACUCCAAUCUCAAUUGAACCAAAUAUUAUCGAUCUCAAUUCUGCAUUUCCUGGAGUGGUGCAUCAAACUUUUCUUAAUGAAACCGAUCUUAUUAAAUUACCUAUGGUUCCAAUAAUAUCACCAAUAAAUCCAUUGAUUAAAAAUUUUAAUAAUCUUCCAAUCGUUUUGCCUGACCCCGAGUCAUGUUUAAUAGAUGAAAUAUUAACCGAAGACAAUAUAGAUAAAUUAUUAACCAUUGACGAAAUUAGUUUAUUAAUAGAAAAUAUUAAAUUAGGUACUCAAAAAAUAAUUUCUACGAGUCAAGGAACUACUAAAAUAUUCAAAUUAGAUAUAAUGAACACUGAAAAGUAUGUUCCUGGACAAUAUAUAAAAACGCCUGACGGUGAAAAUUUUAUACCUGGUCAAAUUAUUGAUACAGCUAAUGGUAAAAUUUUUGUCCACGGGAUUAUGGUUCGAACAUCAGACGGACCAAAAUUUCUUCCUGGACAAAUUAUUGAAGAUUCUGGAAAAUCCAUAUUUAUUGCUGGACAAAAUAUUGUAACAAGAGAAGGAGAAUCAUUUGUUCCAGGGCAAACAAUUACAAUUGAAGGUGAGACAAAAUUUGUACCAGGACAAACAGUAAUUACUCCUGAAGGUAUGGGUUUUGUUGCUGGUCAAACAAUUAACUGUGGUGAAGAAUCAAAUUUUAUUCCUGGACAAACAAUAAUGACUAUUCAUGGACCACAAUUUGUUCCUGGGCAGUUUUGGAAUGGUGAAAACGCCGAGUUUACUCCAGGGCAAAGUAUUUUAAAAAAAAGCGGUGAUUGGGAAUUUAUACCUGGUAUUUGUGUUGGAUCUUCUUUUGUACCAGGGUUAACAAUUGUUGAAGAAGAUAAAAAAGAAUUCGUCCCGGGAAGAAUAGUUGAAUGUAAUAACGGCACUUCUUUUAUACCCGGUAUAACCACAUUAGAUGAUAAUGGUAAUACAAGAUUUGUAUCUGGGAUAAGUAUCGAAACAGACCAAGGUUUAAAAUUUGUGUCCGGAAACAUUUUAACAGAUAAUUGUGGUAACAAACAGUUUAUUUUGGGACAUAUAUCAAAUUCAGAAAAUGGCGAAACAAACUUUGUAAAAGCAAAAUCAUUACAAGAAGCAAUUUGUUCUGACGAAGUACAAUCUGGAAUUUUAACCAAUGAAUCAUUUUAUCCUAAAGGCGAGAAAUCUGAUGAAGUUUUUGGACACAUGGUACAAACAGCUUAUGGAGUAGAAUUUUAUCCUGGUGAUCAAAUAGGUUUACCAGCUGGUAAAAUAGUUUCAGGGAAAUUAAUACGAAACAAUGGUAUAAGAUUUGUUCCAGGUGUUGUAGUUGAUGAUAAAUUUAUCCCUGGGCAAAUAGUGGUGACAGACAGAGGAGAACAAUUUGUACCAGGACAAGUUAUUGAAACUCAAACGGGUCCUAAAUUUGUGCCUGGUCAAGUCGUAGAAACAGAAGCUGGUUCAAAAUUUGUGCCCGGUCAAACUAUAGAAACCAAGGAUGGAAUAAAAUUUGUCCCUGGACAAAUAGUAGAAACAAAAGCUGGUCCAACUUUUAUACCAGGUCAGAUUAUUUUUACAGAAGAAGAAGGAUCUAGAUUUGUACCCGGGCAAGUUGUAGAUACAGUAGAGGGUCCAAGAUUUGUACCAGGAAGAGUGAUAGAAACUGGUGAUCACGUAACUUUUGUACCGGGCCAAGUAGUAGAAACUACAGAAGGUUUAAAAUUUGUUGCCCCAGAUCUUCAAGAUGCAGACGAUGGUGGAUGUGAAUUCAGUGUCCAAGGAUUUGAAGUGUCUCCAGAAGAACUUAAAGUUAUUCAACCAAGUUUUCCACAAACUUCGUACUAUACACAAAAUGGCAAAAUGUCACUAGAUUCUAAAAUGUUAGAACAAUUAUCAUUUGCAGGAAUGAGUAUUGGAAGACAAGUUCCAAGCGAACUUCCAGAAGUCGAUGUAAGCACACUACCUUCAAUGGAAGUAGCUUAUGAUGUAGGAGAAAAACUAGAACUCAAUAAUGACAAUACAAUUAAACUAGCCCAUAUAAUUAAUCGAUUAUGUAAGCUUGAUUUAAAAAAUACAUAUUUUGGAUCACCAUUAGUACAAAAUUUAAUAAAAAAAUUGCCACCGAUAAAAUCAAAUGAAAAUGUUGCUGAAGUCAUUGAAAAUAUACUUACAACUAUUAAAUCAAGUCCUAUCACAGCUUUAAAUGAAAUAUAUGCCGUAAUAUUCGAUGAUGGUUUUGUUACGGAUUUAAAAAACCCAAAUAAAGUCAACAUUUUGAAAGGAAUUAUAAACAGCUCUGAACUUGAAUCUAAAUAUAUUGCAGAAGCAUUCAGUGAGAUUCUUAACGAUUCAGAAGACUCUAAAUUACGUUUGGCAUUUGAACAUAUCGCAGAAGAAAAUAUAGAAUUACUAAAAGAAGUAAAAUUGAAAAUAAACAUGGAAAAAGUAAACAGUGAAAAAGAAGCUAUUGAAGCAUUGCAGUGGGCAAUUGUUAAUGUAAUCAACAAAAAUAGUGAAAUAACUGUUAACCAAAUGUUAAAAGACAAUAAAAGCGAACAAUUCAAUCGUUUAUUAUCUGAUGCGGUAGGUCUCGCUAAAGCUCUAGGGCUAAAAGAAGUAGCUUCAGUGCUUAUGGACGUUCUCGAUGACCGAAGAUCAGCUGAUAUCUUAGCAUCAGAUAAAGUAACAAUAGAAAUAUUAAGACGAUUAACUGUAAUGAGAAAAUUGGCAGAAAGACGACCCGAGUUUAGUGAAACGUUAAAUGAAAUGUCUGCGGACCCAAUCGAAGCUAGAUUAGACCCAAAAUUACGAGAACUAGUUAGAGAAAGUGGAGUUUUAUUACUACCUCCCGAAACAAACGUUGAAACAUCUUUUGAUGUGCCUGUUGAAUUAUUUAGUUCUGGAAAUAGUUUAGCUAUGGAAGAUUUUAUGGUAAAAUCAAGAAAAAUGGGGAUUUUACUUAUAAUCAAAAAUGGUCUUCAAGCUGUAGUACCGCGAGAAGCAGCUAGAUUAGUUUUAACUGGAGAAGUACCUUACACUGUUUUGGACGAAAGUGGUAUUCAUAGAUUUAAACCUAUGAAUGUACUAGAUGCUUUAAAUCUUCGUACCAAAAGUUCAGGAAGAUAUUCAAUGUAUAAUUGUGCUGUUCAUAAAACAUUAACUGAAGAUGAAGGAACUAUUACUCGCGGUAGUUCAAUUAGUCUAGAUGAUAAACAAUUAACAAUUGAAGAGGUUAACCAUUUAAUUUAACAUUUAAUAAAUUACCGAUUACUUAUUAAAUAAAAAUUAUACAAUUUAAAGGAUUUCAAUUAACUUCAGUAUUAUUUUUACAGGGCGGCGGCGAGGAAUACGAAGUCCUUCAAGAUUAUGAGACAGAACCAGUUGACGGUGCGGAAGAAGAAGAUGAUUUAAUUUUGGAACCGGGUGACAGAGUUGUUAUAUUAAAACAAUCUAAAGAUGAUCCAUCAAUGUAAGUUAGUUUGUAAAAAAUCAUAUUUUACAGUUACUAGCUAACUAGUAAUUACUAAAGUUAGGUACACAAAUUAAAACUUAAUAAACCAUAUUAUAAUAGUAUAGUGCAUUGUAGAAAUAAAUAUGUUCUUAAUUUAAAUUUAUUUAUUUAAAUUAAUAUUAUAUACUCUAAAAUAAAUUACAAAGUUAAUUUAUUGACUACCUAUUAUACAAAUAUAAUAAUAUACAUAAAUAUAUAUAUAUAUAUGUAUAUAAAUUUAUUAUGUUAAAUAAUAAUUUAAUUUACUUGUGGGUCUUUAAAUAAAAAUUAACUCCUGAAUUUACUAUCAUUGAUAAAAAAUGAACCGAUGAUUUUGUUGGCAAGUACUUAUUAUCCACAGACAUAACAAAUUGAGUUUAUUUAUUUGAAGUUGAGUGACUUGAGGCCGAAUGAACCGCCUAUAAUUAGAGCAUUUCUGGCAGCAAUUUUUAAACUGUCAAAUCAUGAUUGGUCUACUGAAAACUGUUAUUGUGAAGGCCAAUGUUGUUUUGUAUGCAGGGACUUUAAGCGUUCUUUACGUAUAAUCUGUUAUCAGGGGCGACGAGGUUAAACGAAAUUUACUGUUGGACAAUGCAGCGGCCAAGCAUAAAAUGUCAGUACGACCAAAUAAAGUACAUCCAACCAAACACAAAUCCCUGGAUACGGACGGGUAAAAAAUGUCCAUUAAUUGAAAUCGCUGACUUAUGGUGCUUUUUGUUUCGCUUGUUGCUGCUUAUUAUACUUAGUAAAUAGAAUAUGAUUUUUUGCUUUAUUAAACUGAUGUAGUAUUUGAAAUAUAAAUUAGUUUUGUAUUUUACAUAUUUGUUUCAUUUAUAUAUAUUCAAAUUAUCUAUUUAGAAAUAAUUACCUACAAAAAAUAGAAAAUCUUUGAUUUGGUAAAUUUGUCUAACACUUGUUGAAUUAUUUUAAAUUAAACAUUUGUAUUUAUUUAUUGUAUUUAAGUACAUUUUAACUUGUUAGUACCUAUUUAUUGGAAUUAGAAAAAGAAAAAUAUUUUUUUAUACAAUUUAAGAGGUAUGUGGUUCAUAGAAUUAUAACAGUUUUAUUAGUAUAAGGGGGCUGAUAAGAAAAAUGUUGAUGUGGUGUCUUGUUUUUUAAACGUAAUAUAUUACUAAAAGCUAUUAUACAUCAAUUUAAACGCUUAACAGACCAUCUAUAACACAAAAUAUUGUAGAAAAUGAUUUCUUCCGAAUGUUAACUAUUUUGUACCUAUUUUAAAUUCAAUUUAGUUAUUAUAGUUUGUAAAUUAAAUUAAUUUGUAAUGUUUUUUUAGAAAUAUUUGGAAAAUAACUAUAGAAAAUACCAUUAAAUUAUGUUUAAAAUGUUAGAUAUUAUUUUUAAAAUAUUAAGACAUUGUUAAAAUUUCAUAAUAAUGAAUAAGGAAUUAAAAUACUAUAUUAUAAAAUGAAAGAGAAAUGUGAAUAUAUUAUAUGAUAUUAAUUAUAUAAGAAAUAUGUAUUAAAUUGUAAAUUAUGACAAUAGUUAUAACUUUUAUAAUUUAAUAUAUGAUCAAAUAUUUCUUUAAGUAAUUUUUAAUAUUUUGAUUAAUGUUUUUUCAUGUCAAUUAAAUUAUAAAUGGCAGUGUUAAUUUUUUCACCCCAAAAAUUCAAUUUAUUUGAAUAAAAGUAGAAAGUAUAUUGUAAACUAAAUUACAAAAUAUUAAUAUAUCACCAAUAGAGUAAUAUAAAUAUUAUUCAAAUAUUUUUGUAACAAUAAAAAUGAAAAUAUUUUUUUGUUCAAAAAAUCAACUUUUAAUAUUUAGCCACAUUAUUUUUUUUUGUUAAAUAGGUAGAUAUUAUUUUCAAACCCAUUUGACUAAGUAUUUAAUUUAAUUUAAUUUAUAUAAUAAAUACUUAUUGAACAUUUAUUUUGUUCUAUAGAUAUCAUGUGUAUAAAAUCUAAAUAAUGAAUCAAAAUAAUAUUAUUUAUUAAUUUAACAAUAAAUUUAUUAUACUUAAAAAAUAUAAUACAUAUUAUAUUAUAUUAUAUAAAUUAAAAUAAGCUAUUUUAUGCUUACUCAAUUAAAUUUAAAAUACAAAGUAAAGGUGUAUUUUAUAAUAAACUUGUUAAAUUUUAUUAUUCACUAAAUAUACAACAGAAGAAAUGUGUUAGAAUAAAAUUUCAUAAAAUAAUAGGAAACUUAAUAAUUGAAACAUCUAGUCUAAAUUUUAAUAAAUAGGUAAUAAAUUAAAAUACAGAGUUUUAGGAUUUUCAACAAUAGAUAGAAAUAAUAAAUUAGUGACAAGGAUGGUUGAAAUUUCCUAAUUUUGUGAUUAAAUCAUUAGUCCGGGAUUAUACUUCGAGAGUAAAUAUAAUAAGGCGAUUCAAAAGUUAUACAACUGAGAAUAUGGAUUCCUUAAUGUGUAGGUAAUUACUCAUAAAUAUAAAAUUUUUGAGUAUUUAUUCGCAGAGAUUGCAGUAAGAUAUCCUCAAAAAAUGCCAUAAUGGACUAUAUUGAUCUCGAUUGACGUACUUGUUCUUCGUCGAGAAUUAAUUUGAAUAUACCAACGUUUUAUUUUGUUUUUUUUUUUUUUUAAAUAUCCUUUAUCAGACCGAUUAAUACAGUACAGAUUUUAAAAUAUCUAUAAUGCACCGUCUAUUUGACCCUAGAGAUACGAUGUACAAAUCAAAAUAUUUUAAAACUAUUAUUUUCUAUAUAAUUUUAAAUAAUUGUACUAAAAAAAUGUUAAAUUAUAAAACUGUCAUUUCUAAACUAAUCUCCUUUAGUACAAUUCUAUUUUGAGUAAUGACCUUAUUGUUAUAGUUACAGUGUGCUAUAGGUAACACCCGUUAAAGGUACCUAAUGUUUAUUUAUAUAUUUUAUGCGUGACUUUUGAAUCACUAUAUAUAAUUAGAACGAAUGUAUUUUACAAUAUUAUAUCGACUUCGCCUACCUAUAUUUUGUGUGUAAUUUUAACUUUCAGGGCUAUGUUAGAACUUAACAUUCUAAACAAUUUCACUACUCAUAGAAUAUACUUACCACUUACAAUUUACAGAAAUAUAAUUUGAUAUAAGCUUCCCAUAUCAAUGUCUGAAAGUUUUUAUUAUUUUUUUUUUUUUAUUGAACAAACAAAUUCUUGGAAAAUUAACAAAAUAACUUAGAAUAAAAUUGAUGCCUACCUAUAUUAUUAUGUAAAAAUAAAAAUAAAAUAUCUGUUUAGAAGAAAAUAAUAAAGGGUCAAUUUAAAAAAUAAAACUGGAUUUGUUCCCCUAAGUAACUACUUAAAAUACACACCUUGAUUAGGUCAGGUGGUACCUAUUAUUAUUUGUGUUUUUAAUGAAAUAUAUUUUGACAUGAAUAUAUCUAUGUAAGGACGCAUUUUUGUAAACCAAUAUUGUAAAAUUUGUUUAUUGUUUAAUGUCAAGUACUGUACUAGAACUAGUUUACCUAGGUACCUGUACUGUUUAAAGGUAGAUAGAUAUAUAAAGUUCACAUUUUGAAUCAUAUUAAAAAUAAAAUAAAAUACCGAAAUAGAAAUCAAUUCGAAUCAAUAUUUAAUAUUAUUAGGUACAUAGUUAUUUCUAUAAUCUUCUUUCAUUUAAAAUACUUAAUUUUUUUUUGUAGGUACUUUUUAAAAUUAUUUUAAAUAACUAAUACCAUGAUACCUAAUAAUAUAAUAAUUUAAGCCAAUAGUUUAAAAAAAAAAUUUUGUUGAAAUCAGGUCAUUAAAAUAGUAAAGUAUAUUCAGUGAAUAUAUAAAUUAUAUUAUAUCACAUAAUUAUUUUUUAUAUUUACUAUCUACUGUAAAAUAAAACAGAAAGACAUGCAUAAAUCGUUUGAAACCGCAUUAGUGCAUUAUUAUGUCCUUCAGACAUCAUAAAUCAUUUCAAGACUAUAUAAUUAUUUACAUUCCUUGUACCAAACAAAAUAAGUACCUACCAUUGCAUAUUCUGUAUAUCUACGCAUUCAAUUGCUGUUGAUAUACUUGUAAUAAUAUAAUAAAGAAACAAAAUUAACUGUAUAAUAUAAAAAGAUAAAACCUUAGAAAAAAAAGAAAACAAAGAUUUAAUUGUUUAUAACGACCAAAUGGACCAUCGAAUUUCUGUGUAAUAUACUUUUUAUACAUUUACUUACUCCAUUGUACGCCCACCAAACAGAAAUAUUUAAUAAUAUGUGUAUAUAUAUAUUAUAAUCUUUAGGAGUUUUGCCAGUUUCCCAGCGUAAUGUUUAUCUAAAGUACACGAGGCAUAUAGGCAAUAUGCAAUAUAAUGCAUAUACAAAAGUUGAUUUAAAAUUACAUUUUUUUUUUUGUAAACAAAAUGAAUACAAAAAUAAAUACGUCCAUUUUGAUAUUCUAAAAGAUAAAAUUAUGAAUUAUAACUACUCCUACAAUCGUGUUUUAAUAAUACUUUUAUGACAGACUGAAAGUUCAAUAUACACAGUUAGUUAACUGUUUUUAAUACAUGUCUAAACACACAUUUAUGUUCAAUAAACUUACACUUAAAUACAUAAUAAUAUGUAUCUAUGUUAUAUUUGCAAUAACAUAAUAUGCUUUUCAAUGUAUUAUAUACUCACUAAUAAUUGUUUAUAAACUACUUUUGCAUAAGCUAUUAAUGAAGUAUUGUCACUUAUAGUUAUAUACCUAGUUACAAUAUUAAUUAUAUUUGUCAAUGUUAAUGUUUGCAAUUUUAAUUUAGGUCAUUGGUUCAAAGUCUUGAAGAGCCGACUAAAAUGGGAUAUGUACCGAAUAAGAUUCUCAAAAAAAUACCAGCUCCUGUCAGAGCGACCGCCGUAGUUCCUGCAGCGGGACAGACUCUAUCCAAAAAGGAUGCAAAAUUUAAUAGAGAGUAAGAUUGAAAAAUAAAAAAAUAAGGUCUUAUUUUAAAAUGCUGGAUAAUUUGUAUAAUACCUUACUGGGUAUCAUCAUAAAUACCAAUAGGUAACCUGUUUUCUUGAUAGGGGAACAAAAAGUCUAAAUCACGUUUUAAAUUGUUGUAUUCAUUUUAAAAUUGAAAAUAAAAUUAUGUUUAAAAUGUAUUAUAUAAAUAAUAAUUAUUAAAAUUGCACAAAGACUAAAAGUAAAUGCUAUAAAUAUAAUGUAAUUCUGGUGUACCCAUAUUAUAUAAACUAGGUACCUAAUUGGUACUACCUAUAUAUUAAUAUUGAAAGCAAAUUAUUAGAUUAAAAUUAUUUAACAGUUAUUAAAUAUUUAAAACAUCCAUUUAAAAUGACUAUUCAUAAAAUAUAAAUAAAUACAAUGUAUUAUUAUACUGUAAUAAGUAUGAAUUAUUAUUAUCUAAAUUUUAUCAAAUUAUACUAUUUUUAUAAAAAAAAAAGUACCCACCAACCUAAGUAAAAUAGUAUAUGAAUUACAAUUUUUUAAUUAUAAUUGUAAUAUUGUAUAAUUAUAACUAUAAUACUAUUCUUACCUAUCAUGAAUUCAGAUAUACCUGAGGUGUAUCUUAAUUCAAGCCACCUACUUAUAAUUUAAUAAUGGCGUUGAUAAGUAAAUUCAAUUUGUAAACUUUUUUUACCACGACUUCAAUUAAACAUAUUCUAUAUGUAGAUAAGAUAUACAAGUUUAUCAAUGAACAUUUUUUUUAAAAUAACGUAAGAAUUAAAAAACUAAGUAGGAACCUACUAAAUGUUUAAUGGUCUGAAUUUAAAAAUUAAAUAACACAACACUAUAACGUGUGGUUUGCAGUUCUCAAUACAAUUUAUUCAAACUUUUUAUUAGUUUUCAAUCUAUUAUGUAUAAAUUAUAUACCUAAUUAAUAAUAUAGUUCAACAAUUUUUCUUCUUCUCUUUCACUUUCAACUAUUUGGGGUCAGCCACUAUUGUUCUUAACUUCCACUUGACCCGAUCACCUAUGUCGCAUACACCAGCUAUCUUCAUAUCGUUUUGUCCUCAAUUGCAUCAAAACACCUCUUUUUUAGUCUUCCUCUCUACCUUUUUUCCCUUGCGCGAUCGCGAACGCGGUAGGCGACCGCGGUCAACGAACGCGAUCGACGAACUGAGAUCGUGGCCACAGCGUCUUGGUUUAUUCAGGACGAUUCUACGUUGCGAUCCAGAGAUUUAUAUAAUUUAUAUUUCAUAAUUAAAUAUAAAUAAUUUAACAUUCAGUCGUACUCAAUACUUCGAAGUGCCAAGUCCAGAAGUCCACGCGCACUGCUCGCUUAAAAAAAUUAUUAGUAUGGAUACAUUAGAUACAGACAUUUUGAAAAUUCUUUUACCAGAAGAAGAUGAUGAUGAGGUUUUGCUCUAGUAUCUGUCUGAAGGAAAAAAAGAACAUGAUCCACUAUUUACAAAGAGAAAUACCGAUGGUUAUCAUGAAAUAUUUAUCAACGGCCAUCUGAAAAAUAAUGGAAUAAUGGAAUUUUUUAUAAUAAACCGCAAUCAGUCUGAUUUUAUUGUAAAUCUAAUAAGAGAUGAUUUAAAAUCGUCUUCAACUUUAUUAAACUUGGACCAUUGCAGAACUUAAGUUUACCUUUGAACGACCGAUGUCGACGAGUGGUCGAUCAUAAAUGAGUACCUAUCAUAUUAAUGCAUAUUAUUUGACAGAAUGCGGCUUAUGUCAAUGUAGCACUUGGCCACUGUUCAGUUACAAAAUAAUAAUUAUAGAUAACUAGAUUUAAAUUUAAAUUUCAGUUUUUAAUUACAUAUUAUUAAUUAUUUUCCAAACAACUAGUCGUUCGCGCAUCGAACAAAUUUACAUCAUCGACCACGAUCGUGCAAGGAAAACCAAGUAUAUUUAAUUUGCAUUGUAUCAACAGUCGCGCGAUCGGAGCACGCGAUCUUAGAUCUUGGUUGACGUUCGCGAUUACGCAAGGGAUAACGUACCUUUAUCAAAAUAAAGCAGUUGGUAUCGACUUAAUUUGUGUUAACUCUGUUAAAUAUUAAAUAUAGCUUACAAAUUUACCGUGUGGGAAUUUUAUUUAAUACCAAUAUCAAAAACAAGGCAUUUAAAUACAAAUUUGAUCAAAAUUCAAACAAAAUUUUAGGAAAAUUAUAAAAUGUAUAAUUUAUAAUAUUUCAAAAUCUUCGAUUUUUUUUCAUGUACUGAAAUAACAAUAAACGAAAAUUAUAUUAAGUACCCAGUCUCAGUACCUAGCUAACUGAAUUUCAAAAUUAUAAUAGAUUCUUUUUAGAAUUAGAAAAUAUUUCUUUUCAACGUUUUAUUUGAAAAUUUAAAUAACAAACAGUUUUAAAGUUUUACAUUGCCAUUAUUUUUUUCCAUCCUUAUUUUCGGGAACAAACAACUACAUAAUUUUGAUUUUCAAAUGAAAUCCCAUAUUAAAAAUUCCAUAAACAGAUGGAUUUAAACUAUUAAAUUUAAAUCGUUUUUGGUGUUGACAUUUUUAAUUUACGAGAUAUUUCACUUUUAAAUUUGGGUAGGGAGAGAAUAGCGAAGUACUAUUAAAACUUUCAAAACACUAUUAAAACAUAAAUAAUUUAAAUCGAUCUAUGUAUAGAAAGUUUUAAUAACGGUUGUCAUUUGAAAAUCAAAAGUACCUAGGUAGUCGUUUGUUUCCAAAAAUAAAGGUGACAAAAAAAAAAAUGGUAAUAUAGGUAUAAUUUUAGAGCUGUUUGUCAAAAACAAUUGUUUUGAAAAAAUGUCAUUACUCUUCGAAAUAAUGAGUAUUCAGCUAAAAUUGAAUCGUCCUGUAUGUAUAUAAACACAUAUGUAUAAAUUUAUAAACUAUUAAAUUAUAACAUUUAAAUUAGGAGUUUCGUAUUAUGGCACAUUACAUUUUAUAUUUAAAUACAGUGGAUUUCGCUUAAUGUGGGCACGUUGGCACCAAUUACAUUUGCCCACAUUAAAUGGUUACCUAUUUCAACCGAAUUAUGAAUUAGAAUCAGUACCAGAUUAUAAUGCCCAUAUUAAGAGACUGCCCGCAUUAAACGGUGAUCACAUUAAGCGGAAUCCACUAUGUAUUAUAGUCAUCAUUAUUAUUUAAAUUUUGCAUUACUUAUUUAUCUAAUAAAAACAAUAAAAUUGUGUAAAGAAGAAUAAAAUUUGAUCUUAAAAAAUGUUUUAGUUAAAUAUCAAAAUUUAAUUUAAUUUAUUUGUAUAGUGUUGUGCUGGCAGAAUUAGUAGAAACUGAGGAAGAAUUUGGUCAAGAUAUUCAAGAAGUAGUUGAAAGAUAUUUAAAUCCAUUAGAAUUAAACGAUGCACCAAGGAUAGUAAGGGACAAUAAAGAUUUAAUAUUCAACAAUUUAAAACAAAUAUCACAAUUUCAUAACACGUGAGAUACAUAAAAUAAUCAUAUAUUAACACAAGAAAUAAAUAACUAAAAAGUGUAUUUAUUUUUUACUCAAAUGUCACAGAGUCCUUAUUGCUGGAUUAAAAUAUGCAGCUAGUGAACCAAAAACUAUGGGAAGAACAUUUCUUCGUUUAGUAAGUAAAUAUUAGAUUAAUUGUAAUAGCUUCAAAUUUAUCAUUAACUGUAAACACACUUAAGUACAUAGCCCUCAGCUGUGUUACCUAUUUUGAAUUUUCAUUUACCAACUCCAUCAGUUGAAAACUAUUAGUUUAUAAUAAAUGUAAUAGUGUUUAAAACACUAAAUCAAUGUAUGAAUAAAAUAGAUUAAGGAUUAGAUGCUAAAAUGUACAAUAUUUUGUUAUUUAUAAUGUUUUUAAUUUUAGUUUGUACAUAAUAUGUUAAAUUAUAUUAGGUAACCAUAUCUAAUAUUUGGGAUAGAAAAUAAUUUAUAAUGUAUAAUUCCAAAUUUAGGGUGAAAUGAUUCUCUACAUGUAUAAAGUAUUACCUACCUAACUAUACUUGCAAAUAUCUUUUUCAAAAAGGGGUUCCAAAAAAAUGUAAUUUAAUUAACAAUUACCAAGUUUUUGUAAUAUAAAUAUGUACUAGAAUAAUAACAUAAUAUAUAUUAUAUUACUAUGAAAAUGAUUCUAGAAAUUAUUGAUUAAAAUUUGAAGUUCAAGAUGCCAUCACAUUGGCAUUGUAAAAUGUAAAUUGAAAAACAAGGCCUGAAAAAUUUGUUUUUAAAAUAAAAUACUUAUUGUACAAUUUGCAGAUAACAAAAUGUUGAAAACAACCUCAUUAGCGUUUUACAAUUUUCUAAAUAUUAAUCUUAUUAUUGAAGAUACGAAAAAUUGUACUUUAAAUUUUUUAUAAAUACUGUAACUUUUUAAAUACCUAAUUAAUAUUUCAAAAAACGCCGAUGAAAUUAUCUUCAAAAUGUAUUCAUCUAUGAAUUUUAUCUCUAGAAUUAAUUUAGGGGUACUUAAAUUUGUUAAUUUUUUACACGUUUUUACAUUGUACAAUAAAAAAACAGAGGCAUCAAAUUCUACUGUGACGUCAUUAAUAUAUCAAAUUAUACAUAUUUAUUAUCAAUUUUCAUAAUUAUUAGUGUAAAUUCCCUAGCAUAAUAUUUUAAUUUUAAGGUGAAACAAAAUAGAAAAACAUUAUGCAUAAUUUGUAUAACAUUUUUAACAAAACAUAUUUACCCCUUAAUUGUCAAGAUUAAUUGUUUUUACAAAAUUUAAAAACAAAUAUAUAGAUGAAUAUGUGAAAAUAAUGGUUCAUUGUAAUUAAAUAAAUAUUUUUAUGAAAUUUAUUUGCAAACAUCAGGCGUGAGGAGGGCGUUUUUUUGUAAGAAAUCAUGCAGUUUUGUGACCCUCCCUGAAUUUAUUACUAUGUACUUAUUAGUUUUCAUUAAUAAUAUUAGAAGUAUUUUAUAAUUUAUAUGACCGAACUAUGAUUUACUCGAAAAAAUAUUAAGGAGAAUGGUGAAAUUUGUAACGGUCAAUUACAUAAUUAGAAAAACAAAUAGAAAUAAAGUAAAAAAAAAUAAAUUCUAGUCAUUAUUUAAAACAAUUGAGUUAUUUAAUUUAAAUAUAUAUUCAUUAAAUAAAUCAUUAAUGAAAAAUAAUUAAACAUGUUUUGAUACCUAUAUGCUGUUAUUUUUGAAAUUUUCAUGAAAAUUAAUUUGAACUUUAAAUGUGUACACACAAAAGAAAAACUACUGAACAACGUUAAACUUUUUUUAAAUACAACUCCUUAUAAAAACCUCGUGUUAAAUUUUCAAACAUUUCUAUUUGGCCAAAAUAAUUUUACUCGCAUAUAAUCAAAAAAUGUUAAAAUGCCUAUAAAUAACCUAAAAAAAUCGUCAAAAUGUUACUUUUAUUAAGAGCUAAUAUUCUGUGGAAAUUUCAGGUCUUUACGGUUAUUCUCAAACAAAUUACAACAAAAAAACAAAAUUGAAAUCAAUAAAAUCUUUAUUGCCAUAAAUUGUCCAGUUUCUUUUGUGCUUUUUCCCGAGAAUUGUGACAAUUCAAAUAACUGUCCUUUAAAUUAUUUUAGAUUAGUAGGUAUACAAUUUAAAUUAACAAAGUAUAGUCACCUAUCUAAUAAAAUAUUAUGUAUAUUAUUUAGUUUAAUCUUAAAUAUUUGAAAAAAUAUACAGGUACACAUAAAAUAUUAUGUAUUAAGUGUUUGGAACAUUCUUGAUUUGUGUAAAUGUAUAGAUUAUUUUCAAUAUUUAAAGUUGUUUAGAGAAAUGUGAGUAAAGGUAGAUUUUUGUUAAAAUUCUAUAAUUAAUAAUUGCAUUAAUAAAUAUUUAAUUAUAAGUACCUAAUGUUAAUUUUUACCAAUAUUAUAAAAAUCAGUAAAUGAAUAAAAAGUAUUUACAUUAGAAAUGUACAAACAUUUUAUUGUUGAUCAUGAACAAUCAAUAUUUUAAUUAAUUUUAAAUUAAGGUAUAAAAUACUAUUUGCUGGCAUAUUUCGGCAUAUUUUGAUUUUUUAUAAUUAUUUUUAUUCCUAUAUUUAUUUAUUUACUCAACUGUGGUAUAUAUUAUUUACUUAUUUGUUUAUUUAUGUAUGACUUACUUUAUUACUAACUGUGAACUAUUGGCAAUUCGAACCGGAUAUGAGAAGAAGAAGAAGAUUAAUUGUUUAUAUUUGUGUAUAUUUAUAUUCAUGAUAUAUCAUUACACGUCAUUAUGUUUUACUAAAUAACUAUUAUAAAACAUUUGUGACGUCUACAGGGUUGUUACAUUAGCACUUUUAAUUUUAUUGAGUAUAUUUUAUAAUAAUUAAAUAUUUGCUAAUAAUAACUAAGUAAUAACUGCUUUACUGUUAAAGAACACAAUGAAAAUGUAAAUUAUGAAAUAAGGAAAUAAUUUAUUUAAACUAAAAAUUAUAAUCAAUUUGUUUUAUAGGAAAGGGAUUUCGAUAGGCAUGUUAAUUAUUGUCAGACAGAACCGGACGCACAAGACUUUUUGGAAGACAACUAUGAAGUACGAGAAUAUUUUGAGGUACGUAUAAUAUACAUUUUGUUUUAAUUAGUGUGCAAUUGGUUUUUGUUUUUUUACAAUAAACCCAUUUGAAUGUGAUUAAUUUCCAAUUAAACAAAAUUAUAUUUACAUUAUUAUGUAUGAUAGUAUCCUGGUUAAUUUAAACUCGUCUUUAAAAAUACUUGGUGACCUGAAUUAAGCAAAGUGUCAAAGGAAAUGGGGGGGAGGCCUUGGGAUUUGGCAUUGCCAGAAAUUUCUUCAAUAUUAUAUUAUAUUUUUAGAAAAAAAAUACUUACAACCCUUGAAAAUAUUCUUCUCUUUAAACUAUAGUUUCAAUCCGGAUGCCACAAUUUGUAUUUUAAGUAGGUAAUGUUAUUUUAUUUAUGUUGCCCGUACAUAUAGGUGUAAUAUCAUCUUAAGUAUGUAGGUAUCUUACCUACCUGCUAAAUUGACUUCCUGUCAUAUUUUUAUGGAGAUAAUUAGUUUUAAUAACAAUUUGUGAGGUUUAAAUCCUCUCUCUAGAUAGUUGUAAUUGGUACCUACUAAAGAUUUAAUUCUUAGUUAAUCAUAUCUAUGUUUAUAUGUAAAAUUAAAUAGCCUUAUUUAAAAUAUAGGUACCUAAAUUUUUAAAUUAUGUAUAAACAUAAUUUGACAUUUCUGCUAAAUCCUAAUACCUAGUUUAUUACUUACUUGUAAAACAGAUGUUCUAUCUUUAUAUACAUUUGAAAACAUGCCAAUCUUAUUCUAGAUUAUUUAAAUAAUAAUUUAAUCAAAUAUAUUGUUACGAACUAUUUUUGAACUAUUUUCAUUCCAGAAUUUUAAACACAUUUAUUAGGUACUAUCCUAUAACGUAUUUACCCAUUUAAGACUUAAGUAUAUUACCAACCUAUUUUAGGCGCAGAAAUACAUUAAUAAGUACCUAGUUUAUCCACAAAACAUUCUCCAUUGUAAAAAAAAAAUAUAACAAUUUCUAUUUAACACCACUGGGUACCUGCCUACCUACCUAUAUAUCCUAUAUUAUACAAUAGUAAUCAAUGGUUACAAUACCGUCAAUAACUACCUACUAAUAAUUUAGAUUUUCUGAAAUGAUAAUAUAAAAAAAUAAAUAAAUCAUGGAAAUGAUAACUUAUUCUUAUAUAGGUAUGCAUAUCUGCAAAUUGUAGGCUAAAAUAUUAAUGAAAAUAAUAAAAUUUAUUAUAAGUGAAAUAUAAUAGAAUAGUAACAGCCAUUUCUCUCCAUCUAUCAUAUUAUUAUAUACCUACCUAUUUGUACUAUCAAUGAAAAUAUAGUUCUAUAAUAUAAAGAUAUAUUGAAAAUUAAUAAGCAAAUAUAACAUAAAGAUAUAAUCAAUAAAUCAUUUUUAAAUAUUAUUAUAAUUUAUAUAUUUUUUUUUUUUUUUAGGUUAUUAUAUUAUUAUAGUUUACAUAGCUAUAUGACUGUGAUUAUUAAAUGAUAAUACAUGAUUUAAUGUAAGGAAAUGUAUCAGAUAUUUAUUUUAAAUUUAAUAAUUAAACUAUAAAAUCAUUUCUUUCGUGGUUUUAUUUAGUAUACACUAAAUUCUGUUUAAUAAAACUGCUGUAAUAGGUAUUGGCUGGUUGCCAUUUGCAGAAUUCUAUUGCUGGAAAUAGACAGUAUGAUAUUUCUUAAGAUUUUUAUAGUGCAAAAUACCACUAAUAAGAAAAACAUUUACUGAAUUUAAAAAUCGUUAUUUUUAAAUAAAAUAUGUAUUUAUCAAUCAAUAUUAAUAGUAAGACAAAUCAUUUGAUAAAUCAAAAAAAAAUACAGAUUUUGUAAUAUUAUUCGGUUCACGUAAAAAUUAUAGCAAACAGCACGAAAAUUCCAUUUUGAGAAAAUCUAAAAAAAGGCCUAACUCUAUGAUAGAAUAUACAAAAAAAAAAACAAAAACAAAGUUAAUUUCUGGUCAAAUGAGUAUCAACAUGAUAUCAUCACUCGUCAUUCUCGUAAAAAACGAUGUAAGUGCCUACCAAAAAUCCGUCGUUUAAGCCAAAGAUCCUCCAAGAUCUCUUUUUGCUUGUAUCAUAUCAUAUAAAUUUAAAUAGCUCAUUCAGCUCACUGUAUCAAAUUUUGGGUUUUGAUUUUAAAUUGAUACAUCAAUUGACUUUAAAAUAAUCGAUUAAUACGAAUAUAAUUUUCAAAAUAAAGGUUCCCAAAGAACAAAUGUGAAAUUUUACUACAUAUGCGUAAGUCAGAAUACUCGAUGAACCGAUAGUCUAGUGUUUCACUUGUUUCUGGGGAAACAAAAUAUACACAAUUUAAAUAAAACUAUUUGAUUAUAAAUUCAUGUUGUAUUUUGUGUAUAUAGUGUAUGGGCGUGAUAACUAUAGUUUGAAAUGGACAAUUGUUUGAGGUUAAAUAUGAACAAUUUAAACACAGUUUAUAGAACCAAUAAACAAGACACUAUACAAUUCAGCAAACAUGUUUUAUUUUAAUUACAUAUUAUUUUUUACAUUAUAAUUAGGGUUUAUUCAAAAUGCAAAUUUAGAGAGUAUUUAAAGAGUAAGUUCCUACUAUAGAAAAUUUAAUUUACUCACAAAUCUAAUAUUUCCCAGCACGGCAUUGAAAUAGUAUAUACUUAAACAAUAGGUUUUUUUUUAAAUUUUACUUGUAUAAAUUAUCAUACAUAAUAGAGUAAAAACUUACAUAGGUAAAUGUUUUGAAAAAAUCAGUUCAUCAUGGGCACCUAAACACUAUUACAUACACAUACAUAAUAUCACAUAUAUCAUUAUACCACUACAUUUUCUAUAUAAACUAUUACUAUAGUAGUUAAUUACAAAAUAUGAAAGUACACAAUUAUUUUAAAUAAUUAUAACAUAUAAAUCUUAAUUAAUAUUAUUUUCACGAUGACCAAUUUUAAAAAGUAUGAAAUUAAAAAUAGCAAAUAAAUUGCCUACAGACUAAAUUUGAUACUAUAGUCUUACUUUGUGAUCUAUAUGUUACCUAGGACUGAAAUUUAUGAAAUAAAAAUAUAAAGAAAACCUAUUGUACUUAAAAAUUCUAAAGUUUUUUUAUAGUCUGUAAGUGAUACUUAUGUUUUUUCAAAUAUUUUAAACAUUUGUUAUAACAGUCAAUAAAAGUUGCACAAAUUUCAAGCCCUAAACAAAUGUUAAUUUUAUAGAUUAAUUUUAUUUUCCGAGUUACAAAAACAUAACAAUAGUUUACAACAAUUUGUUUAGAAUGGCUUUAUAAUAAUUCAAUUUAUCUGUUUUAACUAACUCUUGGUUGUUUUUCGAUUAUCUUUAAUAUAACUAGGAAAUUUUAAAAAUUUGCGUACUUAUUUCAAAUUUUGUAUAACGUAAUCCAAAUUAUGUUCAAUAUAGUAGUAAAAAUGAAUAAGCAUUAUUUUAACAUAUAAAAUGUAAUUUUAAACAAAACAAAAAUGUACCUACCUCAUCGUAAUAAUAUUUGUAGCUUCUUCACUUAUACUCAGAAACUAAAAUACUAUCAAUGUAGACGACCCUUAUUACAAAACAAAUAACUUCCAACAAAAAUCUGGCUAUGUGCCUAUGCUUCAUUAUUUGUCAAUGUAUAACAACUAUUGCCAUAUUUUUUUUUUCUCCUUAGCGUUGUUCAGAUGAUUUUAAAAUUAUCUUUGUUUAUGCCAACUGGCAUCAUAUUAUAUAAUUUCACAUUACACCUUCCAAAAUGUUGUAAAUUAAUCAAUUUAAAUCUGCCUCUUUGAAAACAAUUAAUACCAUUUUCUUAAUUUAAAAUCUUUAUAAGCAAUUUUAGGAUUUUAGAAACUUUAAUAAAUAGUUUGAUUAAUAACAAAUAUGUAGGUAUUUAAACAAAUAAUAUUUUUCAAAAAUCAUAUCUGACGUUAGUUUAAGAGAAAUUUUUAAGAUACGAGUGUCAUAACUUAAAAUGUCCUUAAAGUUUUUUUUGUCAUGAUGGUCAACUUUUAUGUAUAUACGGUGCCUUUAUAUUAUAACUUUCAAUUAUAAUAUAUACAUUUAAUUAUAAAUCGAAAUUGAUUCUAUUAAAUGAAAGUAAUAUGUAAAAUUUAAUACUACGCGUGUAUUAUUUUAUUUAAAUAAUUAAAACUCUAUAAGUAGAUGUCUAAAAUUGAAAAUGGAAAACAAAUAAAAAUAACUUCUAUCUUAAAUACAAAAAAAUUGAUAGAAAAAAAAAGUAAGGCAGUUAUAUGAAAUUACUAUAAAUAUCCUAAGGGAGCAAUAAUUAUUAUGAAUUCUUUUAUUUUGGCAGACUUUAUAUGACAUUAUAUUAUUUAAGUAUCUAUUAUUAUAUUUAUUAUUUUCAAGCGAACAGGCUGACCUAUUCAAAAAUGUUUGACAUUUGGUUGAUAUAUAUAGUUCAAUCAACAUGAUACAUAUUUACCUAGGUACUUACACUAAUUAGAACGGUACAUUACAUUAUACUAUUUGCAUUACCUACUACAUUGCAUAGCAUAAUAAAUUUGGGAUACCUAAUUUAAAGGUGUCUAGUGUCAAUAUUUGUCAUAUCAAAUUACUUAUCUAACAUUUAGUUUUUUGGUUAUUUUGAAUUUUAAACUCUGAUUAUGAUGUAAGUGUCUUAAAUGUAUGCACUGAAUCUAAAUAAUGUAUCUAUUUAAACGAUUUGGAGCUUAAUGUUUACAUACAUCAAAUCAACUUUGGAUUAUAAUUUGCAUAAAAGUUUAACGAACUACAAAUAACACAAAUGUAUGUACUAUAUACUCAUGUGUACUAAAAAACAAAAAUUAAAUUACCAAAAAAUUCAGAUUUAAAAUGGUCUAAAAUUUAAAUUUAAAAUAUUCUUAAAUCGUUUUUGCAUGCAAAUAAUUCACACAAAUGUUUAUAAUAAUGUGUAUAUUAAGUACCUACCCACUAGAGAAGUAAAAACAAAUUUUCUAGGUUGACUACAAUUAUCAUUUGAUUGUGUUAUAAAUACUAUCAAACUGAAUAGAUUUUGUAAUUUAAAAUUUAAUUUAUUGGUAUAAAUUUUAUAAUUAGCGAAAUUAAUAGAUCAUAGGAGAACUGGUGUGCGAUUAUUUAUUUUUAAAACGCGCUAUUUUAAAUACACGAUUAUAACGGAAGAGUCGGGAAGACUACUUUUUAUUUAUACAUACAACGCUCACACUUGUUGUGACGAUUUCCUGAAAAUUCAUCACCAGUAUAUUUUUACACUGUCUGUUGUCAGGUUGAAAUUCGGUCACUAGUGAAAAAAAAAAUUAACUAACAUCGAAUGUUCACGUUUUAUUUGAAUUUUAGGAUGAACGAUUAAGAUUUGGUGACGAUAAAGCACUUUCUGAACAUUUAAAACUACCAAUACAACGAAUCAAUGACUAUCAACUACUAGUCAAGGUUAGUAAAGACUAUAUGGCAAAAUAAUUUAAAUUUGAACAGUGAACAGUGUUCGAAUUUAACGAAUCAUUUAUACACAUAUUUUUAUAAAAAAUGUUAAAACUAAUUUGAUGAGUACCUAUAUUAUGUUUUAUUGUAAACAAUAAAAGUAUUUUACUUUCCACAUUUGGUAAUGAAUUAAUACAUAUCGAAAAUAGUCGUUAUACUUGAGCAAUUUAUAAUUUUAUUAAAAAUAAUGUUCAUAAUAGUUAUGUUAUAUCAACUUUGUAUUUGUAUGGUUUUUUGUCAAUAUUCGCCUUAUAGGUAAUCUAUUUAAUACAGAUUUAACACUGUCUACCAAAUUUAUAAUUAUAACCAAAGUUUUGGACUUAUACAUUUGCUUAUUUUAUCGGCUAAACAUAAAAUCUUGCAGAGUGCUAUAAAAAUUUAUAUAAUUUUUAAACGAAUUCACAUAUAAAAUUUUAAAGUGCUUUUUUUUCUUAUUUCUAAUUGGAAAAAAGCCGAAUUUUACUAUCUGUUUUCAAUAUUUAUCGCAUAAAUAUGAUUUAAUUUUCCAAUUUUUUUUUACAUUCAUAUCUAGAACUGCUCUUUUAAAAUAAUUUUUUAAUUAUAAUUUUGUUUAUUAUUAUGAAACUGUGCAUAAAUCUAUUAUAUUUUUAAAAAGUACUGUUCAUUGGAUUUGGACUUUGGACUCUUUAUAGAUUUUUUUAGAAUCAAAAUAUUUUAAUAUUUGUAAAUAAACAAUAUUAGUUACUAUUGAACUUUCAAAAAAAUAUUUUUAAUAUUACAUUCAACUUAAAUUUUACUUGUUGUAAUAAAUUCGUAAAAUAUUUUAUACUUCCAGGAACUAGUUAAAUAUUCACUACUAAUUGGAGAAGAUACAACUGAUUUAGAAAGAGCUCUUGAGUUGAUGCUAUCAAUUCCACAUCGUUUUACAGACACAAAAUUUUUAACUAAUAUUGAAGGAUUUCAUGGCACUAUACAUAAAUUGGGCAGAUUAUUAAAACACGUAAGUGAACUACGUCAUUGACCAUUAAAGGUUUAUUAAUAUCAUUGAAGGUCAAAUUUUGUUAUAGUAGGUCGUUUUUCCUAUCUUUGUACAACAUGUGUUUUUGUAAGAUAUAUACGAACCUUAUAAGAUUGAUGUAUUUAAAACUUCAAAUAUUUUUUCGAUUUAAAAACACAUUAGGUAUCUAAUCGCAUUUGAUUAAAUAUUAUAGGGAUGGUACUACGUACAAGACGCGGAAGAUCCUAAAGGGCACCAACGCUAUUGCUUUUUGUUCAAAUCUAGAAUACUGGUUUGUAAAGUUCGUCGAAUUUCAGAGGAUAGAUCUGUCUUUGUACUGAAAGACAUAAUACGAGUAAUAUUUUGAUAUUAAAAAUAAGUGUACCGAAUUGCAUACAAUAUUAUUUUUUGAUCGCAGUUACCUGAAGUGACUGUAACAACAGCUCCCGACAACAAACGUGUAUGGGUACUCCAUCAUAAACAAGGCGAAGUAGGAAAUUAUCCUUUCACUUUUAGAGCUAAUGACGAUGUAAGUCGGGAUCAAUGGAUUACAGAAAUCGAAGAACAUAAAAACGAUUUACGUAAGUUUUUUUUUUUAAACUAGAAUAAUUUAAUAUAUAUUUUAAUAUAAAAAAGGUUUUAUCUUAUCAAACUUAAUAUAAUCUAAAACUUAAUUUUAUAAAAUGGGAUUGUCAAUUAAAAGGUGAAAAAGAAGAUCUACAAGAACAAUUUUGGGAACAAGAAUACGUUUCUAUAACGGAAACAAUUAAAUCUUCUGUAACUGAAACCACUAAAUCUUCUAUAACAGGUUCUUAAAAAUAGUUUAUGCGUAAGCUUGAGUUAUGCUUCUUUAAUUUAAAAGUAUAUAAUAUAAUUUACUAAAAAACUAUGGUAUAUAAAAGAAAUAAACAUAAUUCGCUAUUAGAUUGCAGUAAUUAGCCAAUGAGUAUAAAUACUUUUAGUAAUUAAUGAUAACAACUAAUUAUAUUUAUUUUUUUUCUGAUGUAUAAGGUAAAUAUUACAUUUUAAAUUAGAGAUUAUGUAUUUUAGUGACGAGUAUUGAACAUAACAGUGACGAUAUCAAAGUACAAAAACAAAAAGACGAAGAUUUAUUCGAACCUCUCAAAGGUAUUGAAUUAGAUAUAUCCUCAGAAAUUGAAGAAGGUUUAGAUCCCAUUGAAAGAAGAUUAGCACCAAAACCAUUAAAACACGUCGAAGAGCCAAAACGUCCACCACUUACACUUCCACCUAAAGAACCAAUAUUUGAAUGUACAUCACCACCACCUGAAUCUAAGAAACAACCUGAAGAACCUCAGGCAGAAAAAGUUGAAGGUUAGUUUAAAUUCAUAUUUAUUAAUUUUAUAGCAUAUAGGAAUGCAAAAUACUGAAAAAGUUAAUGAAAACUUUAACACAACUUACAUUAUUUAAAAAAUAAUGAGGUUGACACCAUAUUUUAUAGAUUUAAUUUUUAAAUAAUUAUAGUUUAUUAUUUUAAACGGUUCAAUUUUAAAAACUGGUUUUCCAACUACACACUGUAGAUGAGCUACUUAGAUAAAUGUUCACUGACUAAGAAUCCAGUAUUAUUUUAUAUAUUAAAACAUAAAAGCAACAAUAAAUCAUUGAAUUCAAAAUUUGAUUAGUUUAGCGUCAUAAAACCUAAAUAAAAUCAAAUCAACUUUUGAUCUUGAAAUGCGUAUUUAUUAUUUCAGAAACUCAUACAUUUUUAUUUUAUAUUCUGAGGGAUUUUCGGUAUUUAUCCCGACUCAAAUUUCCCGAAUGUCAUUCUUCCCGAAUAGAAUAUACAUAGUAUUUCUCCCGAAAUUAUAAUUCACGAACCCUUUGGCCCAAAUGUUAUUUUCCGUGAUUGUUAUAUUUUCCGACUAGUAUAUUUCCCAUACUAUUCGGGAAAUAUACCAUUUGGAAAAAACGACUUUCGGGAAAAACGUCGGGAACCAUUCUGAGUUCAGUGAGUAAUGUAUUGGUUGGUGGGUGUGUUUCUCUCUGUAAACAAAAUCUCUACCAGAAAUGUUGCUACAAUUUAAAAACAACAAAGAUUUUUUUGUAGCAUUUUGGAUUUAGUCAGUUCAUUGAGAAGAAAUGUAUUUAUAUACCUUACAGUUUAUAAUAAUUGGAACAGGGGAAUAUGAAUAACGAGAAAAUCCAUAACAACAACGGCUCCUUAUUUUUAUAUUUUGUUGUAAUUCGGUUAAAAUAAUCGUAGAGACCUAAAAUGUUCAUAGAACACUUAUAUUAGCUCUUUCUAAAUAUGCUGAGAUUUCAGUGAUUUACGAGCUAUAUAGGCACUUGAUAUUUAGAUAAAACUGAAAAUUUAACAUGUAGUUUAUUUAAGUUAUACCUGUGUGGUAAAAAAAUAAAAAUAAUAUAGUAGUGUUUAUUUUUUUUUAUAUACAUUUAAAAUUCAAGCUUUUGUUGAUAAAAAAAAAAACCUAAAUUUAAUAUAUUAGUUUUCAUUUCUGAAUCUGUUAAUUCAUAGUUAGUUUUAAUUUUUAUUGAAUUUAAUAUAAAAUUAUUAAAACUGGAAAAUUGAAACUAAAAAUAAACGGACAUUCUUCAUACAUGCGUGGGCACUGUUGUAGGUGAGAAGUUGGGAAGGUAAAGGAGAAAUUUAAUGUAUAUCUGUAUCAAACAAUUAACCAUUGCUAACGCAAAAAGACUCUGAGCGGAGUUUGGUUAAUAGUGUUGAUUUAUCAAUAAUAUACAUGUCAUGGUAUAGUAAAAUAAUUAAAUACAGUACACAUUUUCUGAAAUAAUAUAUAUUUGUUUAAUAUUGUGUCUAUUUUCCUGUUUUUUUUUCUGGUUUUUACCAUGUUUUUGGCAUUUUUUAGUAAAACUCUUGGAAAAAUCAACAAAUAACCUACCUAAAGUACCACCCUAGUUAUAUUUUUUUUCAGAAAAAGUGCUAUCACAGUAAAUCGGAGCAAAAUUGCUAGUAGAAAUGUUGUUCACAGGAAAAAAAAAGGCCGUAAUAUUAUUUAACUAAUCCUUACAUUUCUUAUAUUUUCCUGUUUUUUUAUUUCCCCAGUUUUUUAUUGGUUUUUCACAUUUGAUGAUAAAAUUUCUAAGAAAAUCGAAAAAUUACCUCCCCACGUCAAUUUUCUCUCAAAAAAGGUGCUACACUUAAAAAUCGGAGCAAGAUUUCUGGUAGAAAAGUUGCGCACAGAUAAAAAAAAAACAUCUUUGUAAAACUAUAAGCUUUUUCGCUCCACUCAGAAUCUAAAAUAAACAUCUUUAUAAAAUCAAUAAAUUUAAAUAUAAUAUCAUUUUUUGCUACACUCAGAAUCUAAAAUUAUUAAUAUUACUGAAAUUAAUAACUAGAUGUCCUUUGCAACAAGCAUAGGCCACUGUUGUAGGACAUAGGGUAAUUUUAUAAAUAUACUGAAAGUAACGAUAAAUCAUUGCAAUAUAAAAAAAAACGAUUCUGAGCAAAGUAAUAUAAAUCAUAUUUUAUUCCCUAGGAGUUCAUGAUAACCCAGAAAUUAUCGAAAAUUAAAUGGAUGUACCAAUCGAGAUUUAUUUCUUGUCAGUUUUUUGAAACUAUUGAUAAUUUAAAAAUUGAAUACAAAAUAAUUAUCUAUAAAAACUAAAAUGAAUAUCAAAUGAAAUAUAAAAUAUAUCUUUACACAUAUAAAUUUAACAAUGUACACAUUAUAGAUUAUUACUGGAUUAUUUUGUAUGUAUUUUUUGAAUACAUAAAUAUUUAUGGAAAGUAUAUAAUUAAUUACUUUUUAUAGAAAAAUAUAUAUUUAUAAAUUUGAAACAAAUCAGUUUGUAUUUUUUUUUAUGUAAUCUUAUAAAUAUUUUUAUAGAACCCCCUGUAAUUGAAAAAAUGCCAGUCUCUCACGAAGAGGUUAAAAUUGAAGAAACAAAAGAAGUACCUAUUCCAGAACCUGAGCCAACAGAACCUCCUCCACCACCUAGGUCUCCUUCACCUAGUGAAGAAGUAAUUGAAGCUGAACCAUUAAGUUAUAUAGAAGGUGUAUCAAAACCAUUCUUCCAUCGUAAUAUUAAAGGAACUAGCCAUGGAGGUUUGUUAACAAAUAUUUUAUUUUAUAAAAUACUUUUUCAAUAUUUGUGUAUUUAAUAAUUCUCUUAUAAAUAAAAUUAUUGAUAAAACUAUAUCGUUAACUGAAAAAGGUGUUAUUGAAGAGUAUAAUGAAUGGUGGGACACUAAGGGUGAAUUUAAAUCAGGAAGAUCGAUGAAUAAUGAUUCUUCUCUCGCAGGUGAUAAACACGUGAGAGUAAUGCAAAUUUAAAUUAAUUUUUAAAUAUGCUUUUAUUCUAACCAAAGCCAACGUAGUAGAUUGAAAAAAUCGUGUUAAAAAAGCUAAAUGGUGUUCAUCAAACAAAUAAAUGCUUACUAUUAAUACUGUGAUCUUUUUUUUUUCACUAAAUACAUUUCUUUUUUUUAAUUAUUUUUUUUUACAUUUAUGCUAGUUGGGGAAAAUGGAAUUUUUGAAUGUGAAAUUGAAGGCGCUUCAAAGGUUACAUGGUUAAAAAAUAACAUGCCUCUACCGAGUAGUAUUACUCAGCGAACUGCUAUAACUGAGGAUAAAGAUAAUAAUUUAUACAAACUGCAAAUUAAUAAAGUAAUCUUAUCAGAUUCGGGAACAUAUACAGUUAAAGCUGAAAAUGAUAUUGGAGAAUCUACAAGCACAGCAUUAUUAUUUGUUGAGAAUCGUAAGUUAUGAAAUGUACUUAAUCAUUAUAUAAAUUAAAGAUGUAUAAUAAUCUUAAAUAUUUAAAGUUUCAGCAGAUGAAAAGAAAGCAAGAGCUAAAGCAAAUGCUCCCAUUUUUGCGGUUAAACUGGCUGAUACACAACUUUUAGAGAAUACACAUGCCAGAUUUAUGAUUGAAAUUAAAGGAAAUCCAGUACCUAAAAUGAGAUUGUAAAUUAAAUUACCUAGUUAAUUUAUCUUUUAAACAUGUCUUAUAAUAAUCUUAAAUUCAUUAGUUUCAAAGGAGAUAAAGAAAUAUCUGAUAAUGAUACAAGAAUUCAAAUAUUAGAAGUUAAUAAAGAAAAAGGUCUCUAUGAAAUAAUUCUCCCUGAUGUCAAACCAGAAGAUGCCGGCGAAUAUCGAGUGGUUGCCAGCAAUAAAUACUCGGAAGAGUCAUGUUCUUGUCAAGUUACAGUAACUAGUAUGCAAUUAUUUUAGUUGAACAAAUUAUUGUUUAAUUUUUUAACAUGAAAAUUCAUAUAGGUUUUCAUUUUUUUGUUUAGAUGAAAAAGAUAUUUGGGCUGGAAUGCACACUGAAGUAUCUGAUAGUACACCUAAAUUUACAUGGUUGAAGAAUGGAAGGCCAUUUAACCCAGAAGAACGGUUCAAAGUAUUAUUCAGGGAUGACGAGGAUUCAUUAGCCUUAGUUUUCCAAAAUGUAAAACCAGAAGACGCUGGAUUAUACACUUGUAUUGCUUCAACUAGUCAUGGAAAAAUAUCAUGUAGUGCAGAACUUAGUGUUCAAGGUACCUAUAUUUAAAAAUAUUAAAAAGUAUUAUAUUUAAAUAUAUUUAAUAUCAAUGUACCUACAUUCAUAUUUCAUAUUAUUUUUUAUUAUUAUUAUACAUAAUAUUUAUUUAUGUUUUAUUAAUAUUUAAUAUUAUUAAUUAAAAUUAUUCUUAGGUGUUGUUAAAGAACUAAAUUUGCCUUAUGCUCCAAGAAUAACUACUGAAACUACAGAAUAUGAAACCAAAAUUCAAAGCACUGCAAUUUUAGAGGCUAAAGUAAUUGGUGAUCCACAACCAGAUAUAAUUUGGAUUAAAAAUGAUGAAGAAAUAAAAGAAAAUGAACGAAUAAAACUCAUGUAUGAAGAUGAAAUUGCUGCUUUAGUAAUAAAAAAUGUUGAGGUUGAAGAUGAAGGAGAAUAUAAAAUAAUGGCCAAGAAUGAUAUAGGAUCUGAUACAGAAACUAUUAAUCUUUUAAUAAAAGCUGCUCCGAGAUUUAGAAAAAAUUUAACAGAUUAUGAGGGUGUUACUGGAAAAGAUAUAACACUAACAGUAGAAAUUGAAGCGUCUCCAAAACCAAUAGUACAAUGGUAGUGUAUAACAAUUAUAUAUUAAUAUACAUAAAUGUAAUAAAAUAGUAGUUAUAUUUUAUUAAUAGCCAAUAAUUUGUUUGAUAAAGGUAUAAAGAUAGUAAAAUUAUUAAAAAAUCAAAUCGAAUAAAAUAUGUCACCGAUGAAGUAUCUGGUGAAUAUACUCUUAUUAUUGAAGAUUGUAAAAUGGAGGAUGUUGGGUUAUAUUCUGUAGUUGCUUCAAAUCAGUACAGUCAAAUAUCUGAUGCUUGUCGGAUUAAUCUUCAAAUGCCUCCUCAAUUUAUUGGAGCUUUAGCAAAAGAAGUAGAAACUUUAGAAGGUGAUUAUGUAUCGCUGAGUGUGAGAGUAGAAGGAGAUCCACCACCUGAAGUAAAAUGGUAAUAGGCAUAAUUAUAUACAUAAUAUAUUAUAAAUAAAUCACAAUGAUAUUUUAUUUUUACAGGUACUUUGAAGGCAAUUUAUUAAUUGCUGAUAAGACACACAUAAAAAUUAACUCUGUAGGAGAUGUACAUACUCUUUUAAUAAGUAAUCUUACGAGGGAAGAUUCAGGCAAAUAUACAUGUGAAAUAAAUAAUGAGUUUGGAAAAAACACAAGUGAAGGAAAAUUGUUUGUCAAAUGUCCACCAGUUUUUGAAACACCUUUAUCCGACACAAAAGCAGUUGAAGGAGACACUAAUGUCGAGUUUACCGUAAAACUUAAUUCCUAUCCAAAAUCAUCAGUUAAAUGGUAGUUAUAUGAAAAAAAAAAGACCAAAAAAGUUAAACAUAAUAUUAACUCAUAUUAAAUAGGUAUCAUGAAGAACAAGAAAUAACAGAAACAACUACCGAAUUCACAUGUAUUGAAGAUGGAGAUAACCACAAGUUAAUUAUAAAAGAAGCGAAAACCACAUUAUCUGGUGUAUACAAAUGUAAAGCAACAAACGAAAUUGGAACAUAUGAGUCAGAAGCUACUCUUACUGUUAUGUGUAAGGCUAUUAAAUGUAUAUGUUCGCAUUUCGUUUACUAAAUUAUUAUUUUAUUUUAUAGCACUACCAAAAUUUAAGAAGGAAUUAAGAGACAUGGAAGUAACUGAAGGAGGAUUGCUUAAAUUACAAGUUACUUGCUUUGGAAGUCCUAUUCCCGAAAUUAAAUGGUAUAAGGACGGCAAAGAAGUGCGUAGUGGGGCUCAUAUUAAAAUAUCAAGAGACACAAAAAGGGUGGAAAACUUCAGUCUCACUGUUAAUCUCGUCAAAGUAGAAGAUGGUGGAGAAUAUGAAGUUAGGGCUACUAAUGAGAUGGGAACAGCUGUUACUAAGAGUAUAGUGAAUAUUCUAGGUAAGGAAAUAACUAUAAUUUUAAAUGUUCUAACAAAUAUACAAAUAAAUUUGUUAUUUAAAAUAUUUAUUUUUUGGGGUGAGUAAUAAGUAUGUAGUAUGAAUUUUAAGCAUGAUUUUAAAACCCUAUCAUUGAGAUCCCAUAUAAUCAAAACAUAAUCAAAUACAUGUUGUAGUACUUGAACUGAAAAUUUCUCGUUUUUUUUAAAAUUUAAAAUCUUGAUAUUUUGCAUGAAUUUUCAAAAAUGUAGCGAAACACACAACCGAUUACAGUGACAAUGACAAUGAGGCAAAUGAAGAUAAAAAUGAAGAUGUCAAAGAAACAAAUAAAACAGAAAAAGGUUUGCUAAUUUUCAUUUAAAUUUUGUGUAAAUAAAGAAGCUAUUUUACGUAUAUAGUUAUCUACAGAAAUCUGUGGGUUUUGGUAGAAUAGAAUUAUAUAUGCUAAAAGCUUAAAGUUGCUAUAAAUUAAUUGUAUAAUAAAAAUGACAUACAAAAAUGUUAAAAACAAGGUAAUUGAAUUUAUUAGUGUUAUUGCCAACCAACAAUAUGGAAAGUACCAAGGAAAGAUUAGUGAAAAUAAAUGUGGAUGAAGACAGAGAAUUUUCAUCUCUAAAAAAUAUAGGUAUGCAAUUAUUUACAGGGAUCAUCAGGGACAUAUGUGUAUUUAUGUCUUCAUUAAAUUGGGUUAUUGUAAUUACCUAACCCGUUACAGAUAGUGAUCGAUCCAUCAAAACUGAAGAAAGUUUGCUUAUAAUGAACAGUCAAUCGGGAGAGUUCAGCUGUGUGGAAAUCAGUUGGGAAGAAUCUUCUAUUAAAUGUAAAAACUAUUAUGGGGUUGUUGAAGAACCAAAGGAUGAACGUAUUAUACCAAUUAGAAUAGACAGAAGUAUUUCAAUACAUACAGCCUCUGAUGAAGAGGAAGAACCAUUUUGGGUUAUUGAAAGUGUUAAAAAACACGAAGAAGUACGAAAUGAAAUUAGAAGAAUGAAGGAAAAUAAAAAUUUAGAACAGGCAUCAUUAGCAAAUAAUUUGUUUGAAGAAGAUGAUACUUCAUUAAAAGAAUUAUUACAACGUGUACAAAAACAACGGAAUGAUUUAGAAGAUAUAUUAGAUAAGGAAAAUUAUAAAAGUGAUAUACUUGAACUAAAUCAUACUGACAAAUUACUAUCCAGAAGUAAUAGUAUGUUAAGUGAAGCAUCGACUUUUAAAGCAAGCUCAAUUUCAAGGUUAUCAUCAUUAGAAAAAAAUACUGAGGUAAACAAAUUACCAGGCAAUUUAUUAAAUCUAUCAGUUGCUGAUAUAUCCAGUAUACACACGAUAAAUAAAAAUGAAGGCUCAACAAUUACAGAAAACAUUUCAAAUGAAUUGAUACCAAAUAUAAUUCAUAGUUCAGAUAUACCAAAAAAAGAUUCUUUAAAAAUACCUAUACUCAAUCAUACAAUAGAAAACGAUUCUCUCUUGCAAAUUGAAAAUUCAAUUAGGAAAUAUUCAAUAAAUGAAUAUACUGUUGAAAAAGCAUCAAUAUCAGGAUUGUAUUCAAAAGAAGAAUGGAAUGAUUCGUUUUCAUCUAAAGAAAGUAUAAGUAAUUAUUCUAGAAGUCCAAAAAGAGCUUCAAUAUCCAGGUUUUCUUCUAAAGAAGAAUGUGAUGACUCCACUGUGCCCCAAAAACCUAUAAAUGAAUAUUCAGCAAGUCCAAAAAGAGCUUCAAUAUCUAGGUUUUCUUCUAAAGAAGAAUGCGAUGACUCCACUGUGCCCCAAAAACCUAUAAAUGAAUAUUCAGCAAGUCCAAAAAGAGCUUCAAUAUCUAGGUUAUCUUCUAAAGAAGAAUGUGAUGACUUAUUUAAAUCUAAAAAAAGAGAAUAUUCUACUGAAUAUACAAAACAAAAUUGUACUAUGGAAACAUUUAUGCCACCCACUACCAAAAAAGGUGAAUCAAAUAAUUAUAAUCAUGAUUCUGCAAAAAUAAUUGAUAUUAAUAAUGAAGCGGACAUUCGUAGAAAAUCAUUAAUUGAACAAUCUAGUAUUUUAAGUAAAGCUCUCAACGAAAUGUGUAAUGAUAUUCCUGAAGAUUCAAAGUAUAGUAAUCAAAAUAAAUCUAUUAAAGAAAAUAACAAAGAUAUUGAUUGUAUCCUAAAUGAAAAAACUGAAAAUGAUUUAUCACAACUAUCAAUGAAACAAUUAACAACAAAUCAACAAAUUCUAUUAGAUAAAGAACAGCUUAUUACACCUGAACAAACAAUGCUAUUAAAAGAGCAUUUGGCAGGUAAAAAAUAUGAUGCACAAUAUAUUGAACCAAAUAUUAAAGAAACAAAAACUACAAUUCUUGAACAACCUUGUCUGAAUAAUAUAAGUAAAGAAAAUUUCAAUAAACCAAUAUGUGGAAUAGAACAAAUUGGAGGUAUAUACAAAUCCAAUGUUACAAUAAUUAACAUUUUUGUCUUUUAUGUUUUUGUUCGUCCAGAAGUCGUUCUUAUACAGGUUAUUAAAUUAUAAAGCUAUUAUAUUGUUUUUGUUUAUAAUACACUUAAUACUGCAUUAUUUUACCGCAUAAUUCCUAUAUCCUAAUUUAUAAUAUAAAUAAUAUUUUGUGUUUUGAUUUGUGAUCGUAACAUUUGAAUAUCGUACAUUGCCCUAAUCAAUUGGUAAGUUUGGCUUGAUAAAAAAAUUUUGUAUUAAAUAACUGUUUAGUAAUAAUAAUUUUAAAUAUUUAGUUCCUCCGGAAAUUUUAUCUGGUAUGGAUGAUGUCGAUAACUACGAAUCACUUACACAAGUGUUCAAUGUCAAAGCUCGAGGUGUUCCCAAGCCAAAAGCCCAAUGGUAAAUUAUAUGUACAUAUAGUAUAUAAUAUAUAAAUUAUUUGUUUAUUAAAAUACAACGGAAUUAUAUCUAAAAAACAAUUUUUAAAAAAGAUCUGAUACUGGGGACUAGUCUACCACUGUUGUAGGUGGCAAGUUAGGAAGUACAACAUAAAAAUGUAUUUUAUUUAUAUCUAAACAACGAUAAACCAUUGCUAACGAAAAACAAUUGAAAAGCUAUAAUAUUUACAAUGUUCAUACAAAUUUUAUCUUAAAACCACUGUACCUUGUAUUAAAACUUCUGUAAAAUUUUUAAGCAAUUCUGUUUGUCAAACAAAUAUAUCCACAUAGUAAUGACUAAAUAAAAACUGUAAAAAUACUAGAAAAUAAAAAAUGACUAUAAAUAACUCAAAAUUACGUUUAGAAUAUUUUUUAAAGUUUAUCACGUUAAGAAAAUUAAAUACAAUAUUUCUGUUAAAAUUUUAAAUCUCUACAAAUAUUUUUAACUAAAUUACAACAAAAAAUUAAAGUUGAAAAUAAUGAAACUAUUAUUUCCGUAAAAACUUUCCAUUCUUUCUGUCAUUUUCUGAUUUUAUUCAACUAUAAAAACUGUUUGGAAAAUCUAAACGUUAAAUUAAUACGGAGGUUUUUUUUAGCAUUUUUUGAUUAAAACAAGGUUUCUGGUAGAAAUCAUAAUGCGAAAAAAUUUAGAAUAAUAAAAUUGAUAAUGCCAUAGUGUAGGUACCGUAAAUAUUAGUCAGUUUUUCCUGUAAUGUUGUUCCGAUUUUUCUCAAUUACUUUGAAAUCUUCCUGAAAAAUCAAAAAAUAACCUAUAUAAUAUACCAACUAGAUUCAAAGUAUAACAAAAUAGAUCUCAUGUAAUUUUUCGGUUUGGAAUAAGUUUUCUGUUCGAAAAAUUUACAGAAUUUUAUAAUUUCAAAAAUUUAAAAAAACACAUCAUAUAAAACCAAUACAUACUUCGGUUCUUUCUUAAUCUAAAAUAGGUGGAAGGUUUAGAUAUCAUUAUAGAGUAAUUUAAUUUAUAACUGUACUCAAUUUAAUCAUUUUUAAAGAAAAGUGACAAAGUUCGAUUAACAUGUUUUAAAUGUCAUGAUUUUCACAGAUUUAACGUUGAAUCCUUAAAAAAAAAAAUAUAUUACAUUGCAUUUAACUAAGAAGUCAUUUAUGGUGAACAUCGUGAUAAAUUUUCAAACAUUUUUACUGGAUCAAAAUAAUUUUAUACACAUAAAAUUAAAUAAACACUCAAAAAUUUCAAAAGUUUCAAAAAAUUACUGAAAAAUUAGGUACUGUGGUAACGUUACCCCGGCAUAUGUUUUAAUAAAAUUUCAAAGUAUAAUAUUAUGUACUACUUCAUUUUGUACAAUUUUGUAGAACUCAUGUUAAAUUUUUUUUAAAAUCACCGGAAUUCAUUAAAAAUGUUAACACGUUCCGUGAAGUGUCAAGUUUCUAUGAUUAUUUUUAAUUUAAUUACAAAAAAAAAAAAAAAAAAACUGAAUAUAAUAGAAAUCGUUUUUUCCAUAUUUUUCCAAAUCAUAAAACAAAUUACAAAGAUUAUCAAAAAUUAUCUCCUCAAUGCAUCAACAAGACAACAUUUUUUUUUUUCCAAAAAUAACCUCUUAUAUAAUAUAUUAAUGAUCAGAGCAAGAUUUUUGGUAGAAAAGUUGUUAACAGAUAGGUACAAAUAAUAAUAAUAAUAAAAAAAAAAAACACAUUAUAAAAUCAAUAGUCAUCUGAUUGACGCUCAGAAUCUAAAAUUUCAUUAUAAAAUGUUAAAAUAAGUAACUAUGUACUAAGUACAGUGAUAAUAAAAAUUUUAAUUAAAAUGAAGAUAGAAAAAUAUUAUUAUUAUUUAUUACAUAUUAUAUAUAAAUUUUUUUUUUUACUGCUUAGGUUUAAAGAUGGUGACGAAUUAUCAAAUACAAGGAAUAUUCAAAUUAGUGAUUCCGAUGAAGAGGAAACAUUUAAAUUAAUUGUUAAAGAUUUGAGAGUAGCUGACUCUGGCUCAUAUUGUUGUAAAUUAACUAAUGAAGUUGGAGAAGAUGUGAAGUCAGCAAAACUAAACGUACAAGAUGUUGAGUUACUUCGAGGUCCAAAAAUAAAGAAACCCCUCUCUGACUUGGAAAUAAUAAAAGGCCAAAAAGUUGAAUGGUCAAUAGUUCUUAUAGCUGACCCCAUUCCUGAUGUUGAAUGGACUUGUGAUGGCAAAACAGUAAAUGCUGAUUUUACAACUGAUUCCGUGGAAAUAGCUAAUGGACUUAAGGAAUGUAAAUUUACAAUGACAAUUCCGUCUUCCAAACUUAGUGAUACUGGACUUUACCGAGUGAAAGUGACAAACAAGUUUGAUUCGGCUGAAUGUAGUGCUAAUUUAGAUAUAAUUAUGAAACCAGAAAUAGAAGGGUUCCAUGAUAUUACUGUAAUACCUUCAAUGGAAGCUGUAUUUGAAGCAAUUAUUAAAGCAGUACCUAAACCAAAAAUUGCAUGGACAAUUAACGGAAAAGAUUUAGCUGAACGAGAGCUUGUUAACCUCACAAGUGAAGAAGUGGAAACAAAUAUAAAUAAAUUUAAGAUAGUCAUUGGAAAUGUGAAUCCUGAAGAAUCGGGUGAAUAUGUAGUUAAAGCUUGGAAUAAAGUUGGUGAAACUACUGCUAUUGCUAAUCUUAAACUUCAUAGUAAGUAAACAUCCUUAAUCAAUUAUACAAAACAAUUGAUUAUCAUUAAUGUAUUUCAGCUGAGGUACCUUCAUUCGUUAAAUUGUUGGAAGAUAAAUCUAUAGAAGAAUAUGAAGAAGUUCAACUAUCUGUACGAGUUAAUGGAAUUCCAAAGCCUAAUAUUACAUGGUAAUAUUCAAUAGUCUAGAUAAUUUAUUGUAUAUAUUAACAUUUUGAUUUAGGUUUAAAGAUGGUGAAGUCGUAAUCCCUGACCUCAGAAUCAGUGUGCAUACAAAUGUCGAAGGUCAAAUGAAAAGUACUCUCACUAUAAACCAUUUCAGCAAUUUGGAUAUUGCAAACGUAAAAUAAAUAAUAUGAAUUAAACAUAGGUUUUGGUUUUUAAUCUUUUAUUUACAUUAUAGUUCUCAGUUAAAGCUGUAAAUAUGAUUGGUGAAGCUGAAACAUCAUCUAAUUUAAAAAUGGCUGAAAUUAUGCCCUCAUUUGUAAAACCUUUUGAACGAAUAACAGAAGCUGUUGAAGGAUCACCAAUUGAACUUCAAACAAAACUUAUUGGCAGUCCUCGUCCGUGUGUUUCGUGGUAUAAAGAUGGUGAAGAGCUUAAAAAUAAUGAAGAAGAAAUUAAAGAUGAUGAACCAAAACCACAUGUAAUACUAGAAGCAAAACCAGAUGGUAUUGUUUCAAUUAAAAUUGAUAAAGUUGAACAAAUAGAUUGUGGUGCUUAUAAAAUUAUAGCAAUAAAUAAUUUUGGUACAAGUUCUACUAAUACCGCAUUAGUAGUAAAUGGUAUGUUUAUACUAUAAAUAUGCAUUAAGUAUAUAAUAUUUAUUGAAUUAUUGUCUUCUUAUUUAGUAAAUAGUAAUUUUCAUCUGUUAAAUUUAUAUUUUAUUUGACUCAAACAAAAUUAAUUCACGAGAACACCACAUAUUCUUAUUUUUAAAAAACCAUAUCUUACAAAAUAUGUUUUAAUAGAAUAAAUUGAUUUUUUUUUUUUUUUUUUAGAAUUACCAAAAAAACCAAUUAUAAUUAAGCAUCAAAAACAAUUUGAUAUUGGUGAGGGUGAAAUUUUAAAAAUAGAAGCUCAAUAUGUUGCUUAUCCAGAUGCUAUAGUAAAAUGGUACAAAGAAGGACAUGUAUUACAUCCUUGUCCUCAAUUAGAUUUUGUUAUGGGUCCAAAUGGCAAUAUUGCUCUAGUAAUUGAAAAAGCUACCCUUGAAGAUGCUGGUGCUUAUGAAGUUAUUGUAUCAAAUGAUUUGGGUAAAGCUGCUGCUCAAAUUAAUGUGAAUGUAAAACCGGCAGCUACUGCACCAAGUUUCAUUACACCUUUGAGAGAUUCGAAAGUAGUGGAAGGAUUUCCUGCAAAACUACAAUUUAAGUUAUCUGGUUUCCCGCUUCCAGAUAUUUCAUGGUAAUUAUUAAUAAUUUACUAGAUAAUAAAUUAUUAUUGCAGUUAGUAUUAUUUUUGGAAUGUUAAUUGAUGAUCUUAUAUUAGCACAAUAAAUGAUAAGCCAUUAAUUAUGGACGGAGAGAAUGUAAAACUGGUCCAAGAACCUGAUGGUGUCCAUUACUUGUUAAUUGAAAAGACUGGUCCUGAACACGCUGGAAAUAUUUUAGUGAUUGCUUCAAACGAUAAUGGAAAAAUUACAUCGGAAGCAAAACUUUCAGUUACUCGUACGUAAAAAAAAUGAUAUAAAUAAAUAUUUUAAAUAUUAUGCAAAUUAUAAUAUAAUUUACCUUAAUAUUACUUACACCAUAUUAUGGUGUUGGUAUUUAUUAUUAUUAUUAUAUUCUGUAUAAGAAAACAUACAUGAGUAAUAAACAAUUUAAAGGGUUUUUAAAUGUAAAAUGUAUUUUAUUCAUUAAAAAUAAUAAACUUCAAUCAUCUGAAAUUUUGAAUUACCUAUAAAACCUGUUUAACACUAAUGUUUUUAUAUUUUAUAUAGUAUUUAAAUUUUAUAAUGAAUUAAUAUAAUAUUAUUAAAUUACAGCAAAAAUAAGUUCAGAAUCACCAGAAACUAAACCUCUUUUCCUUAAUGGACUUAAAGAUACUACAGUAGAAGAAAGCAAUCCAUUAUCAUUAUUAGCUCCAUUUCUUGGUAAUCCUAUACCAGAUGUUAAAUGGGAGAAAGAUGGAAAAAUAUUACAAUCAUGUAAUAAAAUCCAUUUCACUUGUGACGGUUAUAAGGUUGGACUUGAAAUACUUGAUACUAAUACUGGAGAUGCUGGCCUGUAUACUUGUACUCUAACUAAUCAUUUGGGAACUGCUAAAUCAGAUUGUCAUGUUGGCAUUCGAAAACUUUAUCAAGCGCCUGUUUUUACACAGCGUUUUUCACAUAAUCAACAGGUAUAUUAAAAUGUGGUUUUAGAUUCUGAGUGGAGCGAAGAAACUUAUAGUUUUACAAAGAUGUUUAUUUUAUUUUUUUUUUUUUUUUGUCUGUGCGCAACUAUUUUACUAGAAAACUUGCUCUGUUUUUUAAGUGUAGCAUCUUUUCUGAAAGAAAAUCGGUGUGGAAAGAUACUUUAAGGAGGUCAUUUUUCGAUUUUUCCAAGAUUUUUUCCCAGAAAAUGUGAAAAACCGAGAUAAAACAUAGGAAAACUGAGAAAAACGUAGGAAAACUGGGAAAAUCGAUAUAACAUUAAAAAAAUAUUAUUAAAAAAAAUAUAUAAAGUAAAUUUAAUUGUUUUACUAUAAAAUGACAUAUAUAUUGUUGACAAAGCAUCACUAUCAACUCAACUCCUCUCAGAAUCGUUUUUCGUAAGCAAUGGUUUAUCAUUGCUUACAGGUAUAUAUAAUUUUAUCUAUAACAGUGGCUGCACCCACUGGGACGGCCUCAUUAUCCUAGGACGUCUUUUUAUAUAUAUAUUUAUGUAAAUUUACCUAUUAUUGCUUUAGUUGCUUUCGAGAGAUGCUAAAUACCAUGCUCGAGUUACCGGGGUUCCAUCCCCAAGUAUUGUAUGGCAUAAAAACGGUCAUCAACUGACAAAUGGUGAUAAGUAUAAAAUAAGACGUGACGGGGAAGUCUGCAGUUUAACUGUAACAGAUGUCAACAAUGAUGAUGCAGGACUAUAUAGUUGUAUCGCAACUAAUCGAGAUGGAACUGCCACAUGUGAAGCACAACUCUCAAUAGCUCCUAAAAUGUAAUGAUAAAUUUUAAAUGUCUCUAUUUAAAUUUAAAUUACACUAUAUAUAUGUAUGAUUAUUAUUAAUUUUUUUUAGUGUUGAUGAGUCUAGGAAACAAGAACCACCUUCUUUUAUGAAAAAAAUUGGCGAUUGUGAAGUUUUUGAUGGUAUGACAGCUAAAUUUACUGCUUGUGCUACUGGAUGGCCAGAACCAGAAUAUGAGUGGUUUUUAGAUACUAAUAGAUUAUAUGAAACUGAAAGAAUCAGAAUGGAAAAAGAAGAUUCUGGAUUAUUGAGAUUAAAAAUAUUACACGCUGACUCAAUUAUUGAUUCUGGUCGAUACAAAUUACGAAUUUAUAACCCUCAUGGAGAAGCAUAUUGCGAAGCGAGCAUUAUAUUUGACAGUAAAUCAUCAAUCAAAAAUAAAUAUUUAAAAAUAAAUAUUUAAUAAAUUCAAUUAUUUUACAGAUGGGUUAGAUUCACGUUCUAAACGACCUGUUGGUGAACUCUACAAAGACUUUGAUCGAUACCGUGCAACAGGCGCACCAUUACCACUACCUGAUCCUCCUACAAUAAGUCGUAUGACUGAUAAAAGACUUACUCUUUCAUGGAAACCUUCAUUACCAAUUACACCGAGGACACCCGUUACAUAUUUAGUAGAAAUGGAAGAACAGCCAAAAGGAGAUUGGAUUACAGUCAGAGCCGGUAUUCGUGGUUGUGCUUGUGAUGUGCAUAAUUUAAUACCAUUUAGAGAUUAUAAAUUUAGAGUGAGAGUUGAAAAUAACUAUGGAAUUAGUGAUCCUUCGCCAUUUGUUUUGACUUACAGGUAUAAUAAAAAUAGUAAUACAAUUUCAAUACUAAGAUGUAUACAUUUUUUUCUUUAUUUUAUAUUUUAGAGAAACUCUAGAACCAGAACCACCCAAAUUUACUCCUUAUCUUCUGCCAGGGACAGACUUUAAGCCAGAAUCAUCCCCUUAUUUCCCUAAAGAUUUUGAUAUUGAAAGACCUCCUCAUGAUAACUAUGCCCAAGCACCAAGGUAAAUUGUUUACUGUAAUAUUAUUUAUUAUCUACUUAUUUCAUAUUAUAUUACCAUAAAAAUACAUACAGGUUUUUACAUCAAGAACAUGAUACUCAGUAUGGAGUUAAAGGUCAUAAUGUUAAUUUAUAUUGGUUUAUUUAUGGAUAUCCAAAACCAAAAAUGCAAUAUUAUUAUGACAAUCAAUUAGUAGAAAUGGGAGGCCGUUAUGAUUCAAGUUAUACACGAAAUGGUCAAGCAACAUUGUUUAUUAAUAAGUAAGUUUUCAACACAAGUAAAUAAUAUAAACAUAGCAUAAAUGUAAUAGAAUUUUUCCAUUUUAUCAAAUAGGAUGAUGGAUCGAGAUAUAGGAAUUUAUGAAGCUGUUGCUACAAAUGAACAUGGGACCGCUAGACAAAGAGUUAGAUUGCAGAUUGCCGAGUAUCCAAAGUUCUUAAAAAGACCCGAAGAAAUGUAUGUAACUUUGCGCAAAAAUUGUAAACUGGAAGCUAGAGUUAUUGGUUUUCCAUAUCCAGAAAUAAAGUGGUUUAAAGACUGGAAACCAUUAGUUGAUUCGGCAAGAAUUCAAGUUAGUGUAUAAUUUGCUUCAUAUUUAUAAAAUUCAAUAUUAUAAAAAUAUUGUUUUUACUUUUAGAUCGAACAAGUAGAACCUGAUGUUUGUAUAAUGCGUAUUGAAGAUUUAAUUAUGAAAGAUGAGGGUUUAUAUAGUAUAAGUGCACGUAAUUUAGCCGGAUCAAUAUCUACAUCAGUAGCUAUACAUGUUGAAGAUAGAGAAUCUGAUUAUUCAUAUAAUGGUAAAACUGAUAUAAAAUGGAAAAAGAAGGAAUUAUCAGAACUAUAUGAUCUUGGAGACGAAUUAGGACGUGGUACGCAAGGUAUUGUGUACCAUGCUGUAGAAAGAUCAACAGGUAGAAAUUAUGCAGCUAAGAUUAUGCAUGCAAAAGAAGAUCAUCUAUUGAAAUUAAUGGACAAUGAGUUAAAAAUAAUGACCGAUUUAAGCAAUAGACGAAUUAUCCGUAUUCAUGAUGCAUUACAGACUUCCAGAACAUACACUUUAAUUACAGAACUGUAUCCUUUUAUAGUAUUGGCAUAUUAUAUGAAUUAUCUAAUAAUUUUUGAUAAUAAUUAAUAACACUUACUGUUUUUAUCUGAAGUAUAAAUAAAAUAAAUGCCUUAAUAAGUUUCAAUAAUAGUAUAAUACCUAUUUAAACAUAAAUACAUAGAUACAUUUUAUAUUAUUGAUUUUUUUUUCAAAUAAUUUUGAUUUUAAUAUUUAAAAGUUCACAAUGGUCUUAUUAUUGGUCUUUUAUUUAUUAUAUUUGUUAACUCAGUUACCAAAUGGAUCACAAAAUGUUAAACUUACAUAAAAUUUUUCCUCAAAAUCGAUAAUCUUAAUCAAUGUCUUGAACUAAAAUCUAACCUUGAUAUUUUUGCAAAUUGGACGCAUGAUUUGCUUUAAUACAAAUAAAUACCAUAUUAUAACUUAUUCUAGACAUCGAUCUUCUAUUCACCACAACUAUUCUUUUAAUAGCAGCACUCUUGACCAUAUUUUUCUCCAUAAAAGUCUUGGUAUACAUUUUACUCCAUCUUUAAACUUUGAACAUCACAUAAAUGUAACCGUAGGUAAAGCAUUAAAAGUCUUGGGAUUUAUUAAACGCAACACCACUCAUUUUUCUUCUGCAAAAGGCACCACAGAUACUCCUAAUCUCCUAUCAAACGUAAGUUUUUGUAUCCCUUUCUUCUUCUCCAAACUCCUUCUUUCUAGGACCAACCCACGGUACAUCCUACAGUAAUAACUACCCCUUACAUAGAAUACUUCAUAAUUUAAAUAGCCUUAAUUUUGAUUCCAACUAUAAGUAAUUAAAUUUACGACUAAAUGUAAUGUUUUUAAAUUUAAUUUAAUUUUUUAUUUAUUUAUUUAUUUUUUAUUUUUUUUCAUAUGGUAGUAAUAUAUCACCAUCUAAUUUGUAUUUUUUUGUUUCUGCAUUAUUUUCGUUAUUACUGUGUAUUAUUAGCAUUAUAUUAUAAAUAACUGUUACUUGUAAACCAAACCUUAGAUGUAAUCAUAAAAUUGCCGACUGGCGUUUAUAAAUAAAUAAUUAUAUGUUUAACUUUAGUUACACACAAGACAAAAAAAUUAUUUUUGUAAAAUCCUUAACUUUAAAUUUAGUGCUGGAGGAGGUGAACUUUUGGAUAUUCUAACCAAACAUUCAUUCCUCACGGAAUACGAUAUAGCUUUAUACAUAAUACAAUUACUUAAAGCCUUGAAGCACAUGCAUGAUUUCGAUAUUGCACAUUUGGGAUUAACAGUAAGUGCUUAAAUAUACACAUUUUUAAAUUAUAGAUUUAAACAUGUAUCCAUUGUUAAUUACCAAAUUAUAUUAUUAAAUAUAGCCUGGAGAUUUAUUAAUAUCUCACCCAGGAGGUGAUGUAUUAAAGUUGUGUGAUUUUGGAUUAAGCAGAAAAGUAAAUAGAAGAAAACUAGAACCAGUUGACUAUGGAAUGCCUGAAUUUAUUUCUCCAGAAAUAGCCAAAGGAGAAGGAGUUGACCUUUCUUCUGAUAUGUGGUCAGUUGGAGUGACAACUCAUUUACUUUUAACGGGAGUUUCAUUAUUCCGUUGUGUAAACGAUGCUGAUACUUUAAAUAGAGUUAAAAGUGGCUCUUAUACACUCAGUUCCAAAAUUAGUGAUUUAGCUAAAGAUUUUAUUUCAAAACUAUUAGUAUUUAACGCUAAUGAUCGCUUGGAUGUAAUAACUGCUCUACAGCAUCCAUGGUUACAACUCGGUGAAGACAUACCCACAGACUCUAGUCGAAUAAACACUGAUUCUCUCAGAAAUUAUUACAACAACUUUAAGUAUGAUUUUUUAUUCUUAUAAUUGUAUUUUUAAUAAUAUUAUAAUUAUAUUUAUAGAGAUUGGUAUAGUAAUGCUUCAUGUAGAAACUGGUAUCGACGUCGUCCAUUAUCUUCAGCAUACACACACCCAUCAAAAAUGAUUUAUCCACCUGGUUUAGCUUUUACUCCUAGUCCUACUCCAGAACCAGAACCAAAAAAACAAAAAAAACAUGUUCCAUCAUGGAAAGAUAAACUUCCAUCCAAAGAACCAAUUGAUACAGAAAUAGGAAUCAUAAAAUCAGAAAGUCACUAUCAAUAUGGUCCUGAUACGUAUUUGUUACAGCUAAGAGAUACCAAUUUCCCUGUACGGUUAAGAGAAUAUAUGAAAGUUGCCAAUAAAAGUCUAACACAUAGAGGAGGAACUGAUUCGCAUCUAGACUGGGAGGUAAUUUAAAUUAAAACAUGUUAUAACUCAUUAAUUAACUUAAAAUGUUAUGAUUAGGCACCCGUUAUACGCGAACGAAGAAAAUUUACUGAUAUCAUGGAUGAAGAAAUUGAAGAUGAACAAAAAGCUAGAAUAAGUCAAUAUGGUGCUGACAUAUACACAUUAAGAAGACUUAAACAAGAAAUAGGUUCCAGACCAACUGCCCAUGUAGAAGCUGAAGCAAUCUUAGAAUCAAGAAUUGAUGGACAACCUCCCUUCUUCAGAGAAAAGCCACAAGUAUUACCUAUCGAACCCGAUAAGUCAGCUGAUCUUAUGUGUUUAGCUGUAGGAGUUCCAAAACCAUUAGUUCAAUGGUUUAAGUAAGUUAUUAAAACCACAUUAAUCAAAUAUUUGUUUUAUUUAUAUAUUAUAAAUUUAUAUAGAAACGAUAUAGUUCUCACUGAAAGUCAUAGAAUUAAAAUGUUAGAAGAUAACGACGGAAGAUCGAUUCUCAGAUUAGAACCAGCAACUGAACUGGAUCUGGGAAUUUAUAAGGUUGUAGCAAGAAAUAAAUUUGGACAAACAACAGCUCGAGCUCGGUAAGUCUAAAUAUAUUCUUUACAUAUUUUAACUAAUGUUUACAUUUUUAAAGACUUGUUUUGGCUCGUUCACCUGGAGUUAUGGAGGCUCCAAUAGUGAAAGAAUAUUCUGACACAGAAAUUUUAUUGCAAUGGGACCAUCCUAAAGAUGAUGGAAAUGCUCCAAUACUAUGUUAUCAAUUGGAGAUACGGGAAAAUGGUAAGAAGUUUCAGGUUAAAUUAUGUAGAUAAAUAAUUUCGUUAUAUCUACUAGCUAUAAUAAAAUUAAAUAUUUUAUAAAGUGCUGUUUGUUUAUUUUAUAAUAGUAUAAGUUAUAUAUUUUAAAUUAUUAUGCUUUUAGAAAAUGAAUGGGAAUUGGUGGCAAAAAAUAUUGAUCAUGAAUUUUGGCUUAUGCAGAACCUUAGACCAUAUACAAAUUAUGAAUUCAGAUUAGCAGCAAUGAACUAUAUUGAUUGGGGUCCUAUUGGACCACCUUCACCAAUGGUUCGAACCCAUUUCCCAGGUAAGAAUCCUGAUAAAUAUACAAAUUUAAUCAAGUAUUAUUUUAACGACUUAUUAAAUGUUUAUAAUUAGAUGCUCCGAAGUUGAAUGUUUCAUCGGCAAUGAUAAAUCUACAGAUAAUAACUGAAAGUGGACGAGAAAUAAUUGGUGACGAGCCACGCAAUAAUUUAGAUUAUUCACUUGAAUAUAAACCAACAGAUUGGGCUGAACAGCCUCCUAUUGAAAAAUAUCGAUUUAUUUCUGAAAUUGCUAGGUAAGCAUAUACUCUUACUAUUGUUUUCAAUUAUUAAAAGUAUUUAAAAUAAAAAAAAAUUGAAUUAUAUUAAUAAAUAUAUAUAUAUUUUAUGAAGAGGACGAUUCUCCGUCAUACUUAAGGGAAUAAAUACAUCAAACGAUUCAAUUAUCGUAGCAAAAUUAUUAGAAAUUACACCAGAUACUAAAGAACAAGUUACACAUGAGUUUAAUGUUCUUAGAACAUUAAAACACGAACGAAUAGCAUACCUUAUUGAAGCUUUCAAGUAAGUAAAUACAUAUUUAAUAAAACAAAAAUGUUUAACAAAUUAAAAAUCGAAGUUCGAUUUAACAUGUUUUGAAAUGCCGCGAUUUUUACUUUUUUUGUCAAAAUUUGAAUUUCAAUAUGUAUAAAAUUAAUAAAACAAAAAUGUUUAACAAAUUAAAAAUCGAAGUUCGAUUCAACAUGUUUUGAAAUGCCGCGAUUGUUACUUUUUUUGUCAAAAUUUGAAUUUCAAACGCUUAUAAAAGAAACUACUAAGCACCUAUUUGAUUGUAAAAUCAACUUUUUAUUUUUACCAUUUUGUACAAUUUAUAAUAAACUUCGUGUUAAAUUUUCAAACAUUUUUAUCUGAGUCACAAAUAUUAUAUUAUAUUCACAUAAAUUUGUUUUUUAUCUCUGCGCAACUUUUCUACCAGAAGACUUGCUCAGAUUUUUAAGUGUAGAAUCUUUUCUGAAAGGAAAUCGGUGUGUAAAGGUACUUUAGGGAGGUCAUUUUUCGAUUUUUCCAAGAGUUUUUCCAGAAAAUGUGAAAAACCGAGAUAAAAUAUGGGAAAACUGAGAAAAACGUAGUUAAAUAUUAUUAAAGAAAAUAUACAAAGCCUAUUUAAUUAUUUUACUAUAAAAUGAUAUAUAUACUGUUGAUAAAGCAUCACUAGAACUCUGCUCAGAAUCGUUUUUUGUAAGAAAUGGUUUAUCAUUGCUUACAGGUAUACAUUAAACUAUCUAUAACAGUGGCUGUCGCCAUUAUCCUAGGACGUAUUUUUACCAUUUUUAACCUCCUUAGGGGUUAGAUUUUAGAAAAAUAUUUCUUAAAGGGUCUCUGUAUUAACAAAACAAAAUUACUUACCAAAUUUUAUACUCGUAGCUUCAGCGAUUCCUGCUAAGCUAUGAUGGAUCAUUUAGUCGAGACAUUUUAUUUUAUCUAUAUAUAAAUUAUGUUUUUGAUAAGUAAACUAGUUAUUAGUUUACAUAAUUUGCAUAAACUUUAAUAAAUAAUAAGUUAUGAUAACUUCAAAUAAAAUAAAAAUUUGAAGACCAUUUUAAAAUAUCUCACAUACAAGACUAAUAAGCUAAAAAUUUAAAUUAAAAGAUCAACUAUCAAGAGAUUAUUAUAUUAAUUUAUUAUGUUACUUUCCCAUUUAAAAAAACAUAUUGUGUUUUUUUUAUUUUGUUGUAAAUACAUUUUUAUUUUCCAAUUUCAGGUUAGAAAAUGCACCUGUUGCUGUUUUCAUACAAGAAAAAUUACAAGGUGCAGAUAUUCUUACCUACUUAUCAACUAAAGAACAAUAUUCAGAACAAACUAUUGCUACUAUUAUUACACAGGUCAAUAUGUUUUAUAUUUUUCAAGCUAAAUUUAUGAUAAUAUAGCCCACAUUAUACGGGUAUAAUGCAUAGUAUUUGAGACAAGCGUCCCGGUGUCCUGACCAAAUGUUUUGAACAUUACUUUUGUCCAAUAUUUUAAAUCACCCAUUCCAUAAGUCCCUUACCUUUCCUUAUUUUUUAAAUUAUUCAACUCAUAUUUGUUUUAUCUUUUAUAUCUAGUUAUGUUAAAUAAUUUUGUCCACAAAAUUGUUUUUGAAUUAAAUAAAUUGAGAUUGACAAUCUCAAUAAUAUAACAUAAUACCAAGAAGAUCAGAAUUUUAGUUUUUUUUUUUUUACUAUACCGACUAACAGUUAGUACGGAGAGGGGCAGUAACCGUGCGAUAUCAUGAGAUUGGGUAGUAUCACUGUAGACAAAUUAAAUUUUUGAAUUUAUUGACAUAUUAGUAAUAUGUCAGUUUGAUUUUAACAUCAUUUUUCGUACAAAAAAUUACCUAAAAAGUAAACAUUUUGAUUUUGAUUGGAUAACUUUUGAGUUACGGACUAGUUUUGAGAGCUACAUCCUUAUACCGUCACCCUUCUCCUACCACAUGGUUUGUUGCAAUAUAUGUAAAUUUUAAGUGAGAUUUAAUAUGCUCUGUAUUUAUAGUACCUAAAUAAAUCUGGCAUUUCUAUAUUAAAUACAUUUUGUUAUAACUUUACAAAAACUUUUCUAACGAAAAUUGGUUAAGUGUUUAAUAUUCGAAAAUAUAAAAAUAAAAUAAAUAAUAAGUAGUAAUUUUGUUGUAAUUUAUAUUUUGUUUGUUCAUGGUAAGGGUCAAACUUGACAGGAAAACACUUCUUUAUUGCCUAUACAGAUGUAUAUAUACCUAUCCUAUACAUAGAAUCAAAUUAGUUCCAUGUUAAAUUUUUGGAUUUAAAAUAUAAUUUUGUGAAAUACAAGAUAUUUUUAAUGCAAUUUUAAAAUAACAUUAAAAAACUAUUCUUCAGUAUCUACCUAAUUUCGUUUAGGUGCAUAAAAUAUAUGAAUAACAAAAUUAUAAUCUGUCUAUAAAAACGGAUCACAAAUUUGUAUUGUAAUAAACUUAUAUACGGCAAUAUUAUUAUUGAAGAUCUUUUUACAAAAUAUCCGAAAAAAUUAUGUAUAUUGCACAGGUACUGGACGGAUUGCAAUACUUGCACUGGCGGGGCUACGCCCAUUUGAACAUGCAACCAGACAACAUAGUGAUGGCGUCAGUACGGACCGUGCACGUGAAACUAACCGACUUUGGUUGCGCUCGGAAAGUGAGCAAGCUGGGCGCGGUGGUGAACUCGAACAAUGGUGUCUUGGAGUUUACAGGUAUAUAUCACAAAUACGCCUCUUCUUCCUCUUAGCGUUAUUUAUCCUACAAAUGUGGAAUCGACGAAUCUAGGACGUUUUGACCUCGUCGAAAAAAUAGCUGAAAUUUUGUCCCGAACCGUUAAGGAUCGAUAAUCGAUAUUUUCAAGAAAAAAUGUCUGUAAUAUGAAAAAAUCAUUAAAAAAAUAGGGUUUUCAACCGUUUUAUCAACUCGUGGUAUUCAAUUUAAAAUAUAGGAUCGGGUAUCGGUUUUAUAUCGGUAACUAAAACCGAAAUAUUGGAUAUCGGAAAAAAGUCUUAUAGGCUUACCACUAAUUAUUUAGUCCCCAAAAAUUAAUAAUUUUAGGAUAAUAUGUUUUUGUCGUCAAGUUUCUACAAUAGAAAGCAAUUAGCUUAGUUACCUAACUUAAGUUUAACUACCUAUAUUAGUAAACUUGUAUUGAAUAGAAAUAAUAAACUUUAUAUUAUUUUAUUAUUUAAAUUAUAUCUGUGGUUUAAAGUAAUACUGUGGACCAAAAUAUCUCGCAGUCAAUAUUGUAGAGAUGAAACGUUCGUUAAUCGGGUCAGCUACUUUUAAGUUUUAGUUUUGCUCUGUCAUCUAUGAAGAUUCAUAUACAUCCUUAUUUUUAAAUGACCUUUCAAGCAUCAAACCUCUUGCCACUUACCUUUGGCCUACCUCAUCUCUAGUAUCCACCUAUACCUAUUCUUUUGACUAUCUCAUCGUUUCUUUUUCUCUCGAUAUACCCGUUCUUGACGAGUACGCAGGGGGUGUUUUGGGUGUUUAAACACCCCCUCCCCCAAAGUAUUUAGUUUAACCUCACCUAACUUAAUCUUUCAUAUAUUUACUAAAAAAAAGUUCUAAUUUUCAAUAACUAAUUUAAAAAAAACACCCCCAAAACUUAUUUCUGCGUACGACUCGCUUUCAUUUUGCUUUUAAGACUAUCCUUAAUCCUAUCUAUAAUCCUAUCUAUCCACAUGUAUCAUUUUUUAUCAGUAUGUACCUAUCAGUUUUAUCAGUACCUACAAAUGGAACAAAUGCAGUUUGUUCCAUGUGAUUUUUUUAGAAUUUUUUUUUUCAAAAUAAAUAUUAGUAUAUUUAUGUUUUUUAUUUUAGUGUUAACAAACUACGUAAAACUCAAUUAUAAAAUUAUUUCAAACAUUUGCAUAUAGGUAGUAAAAAUUAAUACAUUUUAAAAAAUAAAACCCCGAUGGGGUGAUUGUUGGUUACAUCUUAUUAUUACACCAAAUAAAAAAAAUAUUUCCAAAAAUUUUGAUUUUUGGUAUUCCAAACUUAAAAAUACGAUUUUUGACGAUAACUUCUAAGGGAAGUUUGAGUGACUUUUUUUUAAAAGUGCCAUCAAAUUAAGCAUACAAAGACGCAUUGUGAAAAAAGUUUUAGAAGCUAAACUGAAUGUAUGCUAAAACUACAACCGCUGGCUUCACAUUCCCAGAAUAGUUUUAUGCAAUUUUUCUUGUAUCCUUAAUGUCACUGUUAUCGCGCAACCCUCCUUUGCUUACUCCAUCAGGCUACUGAUUAUCUAUGAUUGCCAAUUUAUUUUCUAUUUUCUUACACCACUAAUCCUAAUUUGAACCAACUUGAACUUUUCGUCUCAAAUUAUACUUAGACCUCUGUGUUCUGUUAAUUAUAUACACGUCGUACUGAAAUAUUUUUAUCACCAACAUAUAUUGUCAUUUAGCGCCUGAGAUGCUAUGUGACGAGCCCGCGUACCCAUACUCAGAUAUCUGGUCGCUUGGAGUAAUCGCGUACACCCUGUUAUCCGGCAUGUCGCCAUUCCGGGGUGCUAAUGACAUCGAGACCAGGCAGAAUAUCACGUUUGUCAGAUACAGGUUCGAAUACCUGUACAAGGACCUGUCGCAGGAGGCCACCAGGUUCCUAAUGUUGUUGUUCAAGAGGACGCCCACGUACGUAUAUCCAAUUUCGUAAAUUUCGCUAUAAAUUAUAAUACAACCGACCUGACGAGACGGCGUAGCGAAAGUCUUACUUUUUUCUUAUACGCGAAUGUUCAAAACGUGGCAUACUAAAUAGCUAACCACGUGCUAUGACUGGGAUAUGUUUUUAAAAAAUAAUUUUCCAUGUGGUUUUUAUUUUUAUUUUAUAGAAAACGGCCGUCAGCAGAAGAAUGCCACGAACAUAGAUGGCUGUUGCCAACGGAAUACAUGAUUAAGAAAAGAGAAAAGACCAUGUUUAAUUCAUAUAAAUUACAGGUGAAUGUUUUUAUUAAAAAUCAUAUUCAUGUACUUAAUUUUGCAUUAUUAAUGUGUUGGUUAAUUUAUACUAUUAUUUAUUUAUACUAAAAUUAUACUAUUUACACGCUGGUUCAAUUUUAAAAUCUUUUUAACCAGUUAUGUUGCAAUUUAUGAAAAAAAAAAAUAUAUUAUAUUACCUAUACAUAUUAAUUUAUUAAUUAGGUAUUAAUAUAUUUUUCAUAGAUUAAUUAAAAUUUGCAAGCUGAUUUAAAAAUAUUUAAGGGAAGACAUAAAUAAUUUGUAGCUAUUGUUGUCUCCGCUUUAGGAUGUAACCACAAAACGUACUAAUCAUCUACUUUCUAAAUUAUUCUGUUUAGCAUUUUGCCAAGGAGUAUCAUGAAAACAGGACCAAAUUAGCAACUUCUUCACAAAAGUUGUUAGGCGCCUUAGGAACACGGCAAAUUGGACUUGGUCGAUCAAAUAGUGUAGUUGAUGAACUGCUCAUCUUCAAAUAA